AGGAGGCGCUGAGGCGGAGGCGGGAGUUUGCGCGGUGAGGCGGCGGCCGAGGGGACCCGGCCCGGAGAGCGCGAGGCCUGCGUGGCCCGCCCAAGCCGCCCCCCUCCGGCUUCUGGAGAGGCCGCCGCGGCCGGCGGGACGCUCGGCUUGGGCUGCUACUAGGCCGCGCCUGGCUUUGCUCCCGAGGUCCCGGCGAGGAGGAGCGGCGGCGGCGGCGGCCAUGGCGGCGGCGGAGACCAAGAUCAUCUACCACCUGGACGACCAGGAGACGCCGUACCUGGUGAAGCUGCCCAUCCCGGCCGAGCGGGUGACGCUGGGCGACUUCAAGGCGCUGCUCAACCGGCCCAACUACAAGUUCUACUUCAAGUCUAUGGACGAUGAUUUCGGGUGAGACGGAGGCCCCGCUCUCCUCCUCUUCCUCCCUCCUUCCUUUAUCUUCUUUCCCCCCCUUUCAAAAUCAACGCCUCGCCACGGACACGUCUGCAGCAGCAGCAGCGGCGGCGGCGGCCGAAGCCCUCGGGAUCCUGCCGCAAUGCCCGACCUGUGUUGCUGACCUCCUCUCCCUCUGCUCCUCGCGAGUAGUGCGGGGCGAGCACAGCCCCCUGCCCUGGCUCAUCUCUAGUGGGACCCCCAACAGGCAGGCAAGAGCUUCUCCUUUCAUAGGAGGGGACCCCAUCCCCCCAGGGUCAUGUACUCCAACCCCCCCCCCGCAAUGCAGGGAUCUCAACACAAGCAUCCAUGGCAGAUGGCCACCCGUGUUUUGCUUAAAAACCUCCAAAGAAGGGGGAGCCCACCACCUCCCGAGGUUGUCCCAUUUCCUUCUCAAGCUGAUAGAUUCUCAAGCCUUUGCAGAAGAGCCGAGGGAAGGGGAAAGAAGGGGCUUGGGGAGACAUAAACCCACCUGAGCAAAGCCCCGUUCACCCCAAAGAGGUUAAAUGUGGAGUGAACCUUAAAUGCUCUUCUCUGCUAGGAAGAUCUUCCAAUGGCCAACCUGUGCCAGAAUCGAGGUCUGUGUCUCUUUCUGGCUGCCUCUCACACACAUUUCUCCCCAUGUCACGUUGGUGGUUCUUUGCAUUGGGGAUGGAGGACUUGUGGCCUUCCAGAUGUUGUUGGAAACCCCCCCCAUCACACCCAGCUAACAUAGCCAGGGAGGCUGGGAGCUGGGUUCCAGCAUUGCCUGAUUCCCCAGACCUCCCUUGCAGGCUCUCUUCCCUCGAAUGCAUUAGAGCAAGGCACUUCAUAAGUUCCCACUCCUGAUAAAUUUCAUUCUUCCUUGAGGAAGGAGAUUGUUGUUUGUGGGAACGGAGGAGUCUUCCAGCACCAGCCUUACUGCCUGCAUGCAGCCCAAGCGAGGAGAGAAUGGGGCCGCUGGUGACUUAAGUGCGGUUGUAAGAGAUGUGCCCCAAGAAUCUCUUGCCGGGUCAAGAGGAUGGGUUCAAUAGUUACCCUUUCUUUCCCCAGCAUCCUCUGCAGUGCACUUCUUAGCUUGUGCAGUGCAGACCCCUGAAAGGCCUUUUGUAUGCAGUUACUAUCUAAAACUGCCCAGAAGAAGCAGCUACUGUAGAGUCCUGCUCUUUCACGAAACCUCAGCGCUCCCCAACAUCCAAAUCUUUGGUGUGUUGGGGACACUGACAUCCCAAGGGAAAUUAACCAUGGUCUCUCUCCUGUCACUGUGCCCCCCUCCCUGUUUUGAUGCUUCCUUUUGCAGGACAAGGUGGUGUCUCUGAGUAAAAUGCAGGAGAGGUUGUUUUCUUUUGGGCUGGUUUAGCUUCCCAAAACCUAUUCCUUGUAAAACCCUGCCCUCUGCUCUGAUUGUGUUCUGCUCAGUUUUGUGAGCCUCUCCCACAAUCCUCUGAAGGCCGUGUAAUUUUCCAGACUCUGAUUGUAUGUCCUAAGACACAAAGAAAUUCCUCUUUAAGGAAUUGGCUAUGUAAGGCUGCUGCUCCUUUCCUCCUCCUUAUAUUUCUGUGACACUCUCUUUCCUUCUUCCUAGGAUCUUUCUGUCUCUUGCAAAUACAUACACACACACACACACACACACACACACACUUCACACCUUGCUGUCUUUAACAUCCUAUCUCUGUGAAUCUUUCCUGGUUUCCUGCUGCUCCUAGGGCUCCAGUAGCAUUCACAAGAUUGAAGUGUUCCUUUGGUGUUUGCUUGUGAGAACUGGACAGCAAGUUUUGUUAGAGCUUUGUAGUCCUACAAAGACAUUCUGCUUGUGGCCACCUACCCUGGGGUUGUAUCCUGCUCAGAGCUCUUGUUAUAAAAGCUGAUCUACAACUGCAGCACAAGUACAUGGACCAGCCUUUUUGGUACUGUAGCAAUUCACAGUAGAAAUCGGUAUUUGUGUGCAUGCUCCCCCAUACACAAAACAUUUCAGCAAGAAAGCUAAGGUAGAAUCUCUCUUUCCAUGGGUAGGAAGCAUUUAAUGUGUGGCACAUUUGAUUCUGUGACUUUCCCCAACUGCAUUCUGAUAUAGUACAGUCCCAUAGCUCUCCCCACCCCCAUCCUCCUGAAUUUGCAGAUGACUGCAAAGGCUGGUUUUGACCUAACAAUGCAUGUUUGGCUCAGAAGUCUGUACAAAGCUUGUGGAAAAUGUAGGGAGUAAAUCAAUAGGAGGCAUUUCCCCCCAUAUAAAGCACAGGCCAUGAUUUGCUGGUUUUCCUGGCAUAUGAAAAGUUCCAGGGAUUUUGAGUUUUUUUGGCUCGCAUAUUUGCUGGCUCUGUGUUUGCCAUUCUUGAUUUCAGUAUAUUGUAUCUUGGUCCCUAAGCCCUAAUAUUUUAGCUGAGUCUGCUGUGUGUUGCUAAACAGCUGUUGCCUCCCAGGCAGAGAGGGCCUGCCCUUUCCUUGGUGGAGGAAAUGCUGUGGAUAUAAUGUUUAUAAACCAGCACAUUAGGAUCUUUGAAAUCUUACACUGGAAAAUAAUUGGUGCAGGUCUGUUGCAAUCUUGCCAUAUGGACUGAAAUUGUAUAGUGGUAAAUGAAACAUAUGGGAAAAGUCAGGCUGUUCAUAUCCAGCACUAUGGUAGGAUAGUGACUAGUGGAUCAGAACGUGACCAUGGAGACUUGCGUAUGAAGCUUUGCUUGGCCAGUAUCAAUAUCUCAGUUUAAGCUGCUUUGUAGGGUUUUUGUGAGGAUAAAAUAAGAAUACUGCGCACCCCUCCUCUAAGUUCUCAGAGGAUUGGUGGGAUAAAAAAUGUGACACAAUGAUAAAAUACUUUAUUUGGUGACAAAGAUUCAAAUUAUUUAUGCAGAAGAAACUCUUUAAAUAAAUAGGGUGAACACCACAUGCCUGUCCACCAGUCAAAUGGACAUCACUGGCAAAAUAGAUUCUGCCUGCAACCCCACUUGAUUUUUUCCCCAGAGGGUUGAAGGUGGUAGGGAGGAGACAUCGGAUGGGAAGGUCAUCUCACACAAGCAGUGAUUGUCGGCAAUGUUAGAAACUAAGAUGUGGAAGCUAGGAACUAAAUGGCGCAUUAAACCUAGGUUAUGGGUGCCACAACAGGGUGUCUAGGCGGUUUUUAUAACAAGAAUGCAAAGCUGGAAAUGAAUGAACUGCAGUUACAAUCUUAUGUUCAUUUUUCACAUGGUCUAGUUUUCAUCUUGGUAUGAGCUUAAGAAGUGUGCAUGCACACGAAAGCUCAUACCAAGAACAAACUUAGUUGGUCUCUAAGGUGCUACUGGACAAUUUUUUUAAAAAAAUAAUAUUUCUACUGUGUCAGACCAACACGGCUACCUACCUGAAUCUAGGUUUCAUCUGAAGACUGAAAAACAACAACCCAUACUUCCCCUGCCUUCCCUCCCUAAUAUUCUUAUGAGGGCUCCUUCUCCAGUCUUAAGAGUGGCUGGAAGUGGGGAGGCAGAAAAAGGUCUUUCCUUCCAGCAGUGGCAGUUUUAAUCUGAAAUCUUAGGUGCCGUACUGCACCCAGAGCUCAGGAACUGCUCGCAUUAAUGAAAUUCCCUGUCGCAAAACGCGCCUAGAACAAUGGGAGUUAAGAACACUGGUUUUCGGCAAGAGUAUGUAAAGGUGUACAUCAGCUCAGUUUGUGUAUUGCACGUUUGCAAAACGUCUGCUUUUUUUAAAAGACAAAUAGUGUGGAUAGCAUGUUAAGCCAGGCCUUAGACCUGCAUUUAAGUACUACCUUUGCAAGGAUACAUUGUGAGUAAAAGAGGGGGAAAGGGCUUCUAGCAAAAUAUUACUCAGUGGCCUGGUUUGCGUGUUACACUAAAGUUUAAACAUACUAUGGUUAAUGCGUCCAUGCUGCUCAAAAGUUCCUAGGGGGCUCCUUUCCUGUUCCUGCUGUUGCCAUGCCAGAGACAAGAAAGCGGGAGUCUGGCUUGUUGUGUUAUCUGAACCUGGGCUCCUCAAAACAAACCGCAAUCAGGAACCAGGGUUUACUCUUGGCUUAGUGCUAGAGAAGCCAACCAUGGGCCUGAGUUGGAGAAAACACAGCGGAGACUCUGGCUUUUGUAAUCUGCAGCACGGCAAAAGCAGGAGUUGGGGAAGUGCUUUGUGGGGAAAUCCUGAGCAGUGUUCACAGACACACUGCUCAAUCACAUUAAAUCAUAGCUUGCUUUAAGCUGUGGGUUAAAGCAGGGGUGGGACACCUCUGGACCUCCAGAGGUUGUUGGAUUACGGCUCCCAUCAUCCCUGACCAUAGGUCAUACUGGCUGGGACUGAUGGGAGUUGAAGUUCAACAAUACCUGGCAGGCUACAAGUUUCCACCCUUGGCUAACAGGAUGUGUGGACAGGGCCAGUUUUCUUUAAUAUGCAAAAAGGAGAUAGGAUGUUUAAGAGUAAAUGAAAACAGGACUAGGAGAUAAAUAAGGACAUUUAUAUCUAUAUAGUCAAGUCAAGUAACCUUUAUUGGCAUCACAUAAGAACAUUCAGAAUACAUUCAGAAUAGAUAGGCCAGUGCGAUCUCGUUGCCACCCCAACGGCACAGUCACCCGCCAAAGGGCAGAAGAGGCGAGCAAUCCGCCUCAUCUCUGUGGGUUUCCAGCAAGGGCAGGAUCCUGUAGCAUACUUCGGGGACAAAAAAUCAGAUAGAGGAACUUAGCUACUGUCUUGGUGAGCUCCUGGUCUUUCCCUUGUAAUAAGAAGUGCAUGACCUCAGUCUCUGGUUUCCACGUUGGAAUACAUAGUCUAGAAACUGUUGGCAGAGAUCAUCAUACAUUUUGCAUUUAAGGGCCCUGUGAAUAUCUAUAUAGUAAUGGAACAAAAGAUUCCUCAAAAUAACUUGAGAAGUGCAUUCCUAUAUAAGCGUACUUAGAAUUAAGUCCUAUGAGUUCAGUGGGGCUUCCUAGUUAAAUGGCCUAGGAUUGCAGCCGAAAGUGGAUUACACAGCUCCCAAAUCCUUUGCCAGUGUACAUUUUUACAUAAUGAAGAUUUCCACUUCGCGUGAGCAUGUUCUAAAAUUUAAACAGUACUGGAGAAAUAUAACAAAUAUAUCAUUUAAGAAAUAAAACAGUUGAAUGUUGGAUAUCAUUUCCAUUAAUUUUGUUACUUUACUUGAAAGACUUCCAUAGGAAACCAUUAUAGAAGCCAUUAUCAUUGUAUCAACAACGGCUGGAAUAGGCAUGACAAAGAAUUGUGUCACUAAACUGUGAUGGCUCUAGAAAACAGUGGGGUUAACUUAGUAGACAUAGUUAGUCAGCAUGUGGGAACAGACCCGACAUCUCAAUAGCUUCAUUAAAAACAUGUACUGUAAUUUGUGAAGUACUUCAUGCCUUUUUUACCUUUUACUUUUGAAAACUGCUGUGAGGUAAGCCAGUAUUAUUCCCAGAUUUGCAGACUGAGGAGCUGAAGUGGAGAGGAGAUGACUUGCUCAAGGCCUUGCCAGGAAUCUGUGACAGAUCUGUCUUUGGAGCCCAGCUCCCCCAGUUCCAAGGCCAACUCUCUUUCACAAGUUCUUGUUACACCUAACAAAGUGGGCUUGAGUCCACAAAAGCUCGUGCUGUAAUACAUUUGUUAGCCUUUAAGGUGCCACAAGACUCUUUGCUGUUCUUGCUACAGAUGUUUUUCUUUUAACGGUGGGAAUAUUGAGUUACAUCAGUAAGCAAAUCAAGGUUUUUUUUUUGCGAAUUUCCAUAUGUUUUGCUGUUCAGGUAUCACUAAUGUUAUUUAAGCAAAGGUUCUAAGGUUCAAAUGGAAAAGGUCCUAUAUAAAUGGUAGACAGUAGUGAAUUUUGGAGAGUGGUUUGUGUUAGGAGCAGUUGCCUUGGUUUCAUAAAUGGUUCCACAGAGAGAGAAGGGCAGGGUUUAAUCUCGCAGGUCACAAAUGGGAUGUCUUUUAGAUCCCAGCAAGGGCUGAAAGAACAAAUGCGGAAUGCUCAGGAAUGGGCAGUAAACCUUGACUCACUUGGGCCCCAAAGCAGCUAAAACAGCUGUGGAGGAAAUUCAUCCUACACCCUCAUCCUCUUGAGAACUGGGUUGCUUGCAAAGCAAUGCAAAUUUUACAAGAUGUCAACUUAAUAAAAGCCACUGUGUGUGUAAUAAUGGGCAGUUAUGUAAUGUGGCCCAGUCUGCCUGGGCCUGGGCCCCACUUCUAUUCAGAAGAGAAUCUCUUUCUCUGCAAGACAAUAGGAACACCAGGCCUGGAAUGUUGUUGUGCUCAGCCCUAGGCUUCUCAAACAAGAGGAAUGAAGAACUGCUAAUUUGGAGAAGAGCUUACUGAUGUGUCUACUUGAGAUUAGCAUAAAGACAGCGGGCAGUUUGGGAGGGGGGAAGCUGCAACUCUGUAAAUGCAUUGAAUUUCUCCAAAGGCUCAGGGGUGGGCAGCUGUUUUCCCUUCCCUCUUUUAUAGUUGCAUUAAUCCUGCGAGUCAACAAUAUUCCUGUUUUACAAAUGAAGAUUCCUAGUCUUUGCAAGUAUUAUUUGCUCCUGUCACAAGAAGUGGAAUGUGAUGGUGGGGAGAGGCUAGAGCAGGGGUGGUUUGCCUGUGGUGCUCCGGAUGUUGCUGGACUCAAACUCCCAUCUGCCCCAGCCAGCAUGGCCAGAAGUCAGGGAAGAUGGGAAAUGUAGUCCAACAACACCUGGAGGGCCACAGGCCAGCCACCUCUAACAUAUAGAAUCCCGAGUUCCAUGAGGGAGGGUGUGACACUGAUGUGAUGGAUGAAUGCAGAGAUGGCAAGGAAGCCCCUUGGUGGAGAGAAUAAAAAAACAAACUACUGAACCCUAAGAACACCUACAGUUGGAAGCAUGCCAGACUGUGGGCAAGAGUGAACCAUUUUGUAUUGGAUCCCUGAGUGAUGGAUUGGCUGCCGAUCUUCUGUGAAGAGUUUUCCACCUCCUGUUUGUUCUAAGGUCCUGUUUGUUCAGCAACAUGCAUUUCGUUGUGAGCUGAAGUACUGUCUUUAACUGCCUUCUCACUGUUCCAGACAAUUUGCCUUUUGCUUCAGGUUGUGUGGUGUCUUGUAACUGCUGUGUGCUUGGGUUAAAGUGAAUGGCGGUCACCUUUUAUAUGGUUUUUUUAAAGCCCUUCCCACUACAUUCCUCACUCACUCACACAGGAACAUGAAUGGCAUGUUGGCAUCUUGUUAUCUUGUUAUGAUGACUGGCUUCUCCAGGUUUUUUUUUAAAUGCCAAUUAGUGUUUUGUACAGUUGUUACUCUGCUUGUUCUUGUGGUUCUGUCCUGUUUUGCACAGCACUGUUUUUAGGAGUCAGAAGUCCAGCAGGUGUCUUCCUAACUGCUUUCUUCCUAACUGCACAUAACAGCCUCUCUCGCAGUGUUUGGGAUGGGCACCCUGACACUUCUCAUAAAAGCCAGAUAAAACUAUCAGUAAAGGUAAAACAUACUAAACGCCUGGGCAGUGAGCCUUCUCCUGGUGCAGAAAAUACAACAGUACUAGGCAAGCCUCCAGAAAUCAUAUACUCCAAAACAUAUUUUACUGGUCUGCGGAUUCAUACUGUGACAGUCUCUCAGUGUGUUGCUGAUUUGAUCUCAAUCUCUUUGGUCAAGUUUGCAUUCUCACUCUUUCCAUCAAACAGAUGUUUCUGUUGUGGCCAUUGAUGAAGAGCAUGAUUACCAACAGAAGCUGAUCCUUCUGGUCUUUCCUACAUAACAUUUCUGUGUUUGGCACUCUGGUUGCCUGUGCCAAGCAUACAGCGCUUUACCACAGACUUUUGGGGCUAGUAUGACACCCCCUCUUCAUUACUAGGAAAUUGUGGCAGCUUUCAUAGAAUCAUAGAACUGUAGAGUUGGAAGGGACCACGAGGGUCAUCUGGUCCAACCCCCUGCAGUGCAGGAAUCUCUUGCCCAACAUGGGGCUCAAACCCACAGUCCUGAGAUUAAGAGUCUCAUGCUCUACCGACUGAGUAUCCCCUAUAUAGAAGUUCAGGAAGCAUGUUAACGUAUCGCAGCUCUAGGGUGAUUGGCUAGUGGUGACAAGGUUGUGCCUGAAGUUCAGCAGUAGGUUAGUAGUAGUGCUGUGCCAAAACGGUUCCUCCAAUUUCUCCGAAAGCUUUUCCUCUAGGUGUGAGAGAGGCUUUACAAUUUCAGUUAGUGCAGGGUUGAGCUUAAUUUGCCCUUGAGAGAUGGCUGUGCACUGUGUCAAUUGGAAGGUAUGUUGAGGUCCUGUAGGGUUAAAAUAUAUAAUUUUGCAUCACAAGGGUGUGAAGACCUGCUCAAAACCUAUCAAUUUGGCGAUUGGAGCAGAAGGUAUGUGUUAAUAGAGAGAUAGUGACACCCCCUUAAGCUGUUGAAGGUCUCCAGGCAGGGGAAUGUGUUCAUUAUCCUGCCAGCUGGCAGGCGGUGCAAGGUCGGGACAGCUGUAGGCCUGUACUCAGCUGCUGCAAAGCAAGGGUUCUAGCAUUGCCCUAUCCUGUGAAAGCAAAAGGGUUUUUUCUUCCUAGGUGUUGGACAGCUUCCCCCAAGCCAUCAGAUUCCUGAAUACCAAGUUUGCAAUAUCUUGCUCUGCUGACAGUUGGUUGCAUCUACAGUUAGACACUUCACACCCACACCAGAAUUAUGAAGUUUGAUUGCUUUUGGCCAUUUUUCUGGAUAAAUUUUGGAGUCUGGCAAGUGAUGGGUGGAGAGUGGACAGAUACUUUUGUGUGCAGUGGUGAGGAGACUACGAAUGUGAGAGAUACCUAUCAGGAUAAUAAAGGUAGCCAUUCAGAUAUCAUCUUGGGUAGGUCAACUCACAGGCAGAUUUGGAUUCCUUGCUUAUCCUGCCUUCUAGCUAUGGCAGCCUGACUUGUUGCUGGAAAAUAUUUUUGAUGGGAAUUACAUAGUUAGAAGUUAGAAUUUCACCUCUCCAAUGUAUGCCACUUCAUUUAUUUCUUGAAUUUAUUUCUUAAAAUUUAUGCAGUAUACCGCUUGAUUGCAAGAAAACACCUCAAAGUGUUUAUAAAUAUAACCUGCCCCUCACUUUAUGGUCCCAGAGAGGGUUACAUAAGCAGUCACAUUUUAAAAGAAUGUUCAAUUCAUUGAAACCAUACAUUAAAACCACAAUGCUAAAGAAAAUCACAGCAACAGAAAAACAGGAGUUGCUUGUUAUUAUAUUAUGUAUGUUUGUGGUUUUAUACUGUAAACCACCCUGUGAUCCUCGGAUGAAGGGUUGUAUAGAAAUACAAUAAAUAACAAAUCACCAUCAUCUUCAGAGGGGAAACAUCCACUCAGCCCAAAGUCUUCCUGUUGACUUACUUGACGUGCUGUUGCACAUUAAUCUAACCUGGAGAGAUCAUCUUGGAAUUCCAGUUCUCCAGGUAGAUGUGUGUGCUGAAUGUGGCCCUCACUUAUGAACACAUUGCCUUGGGAUGCCAGGUAAGGCAUUGGGAUGGAGACCAUUUGUCUUCUCCAUGAAAGUAAAUGGUGUAGGAUUCUUUCCAUCAACUUGUAUGAGGGGCCAUAGUUGAUACCCACUUCACCCCAGACUUGGUUGUUCAGGGUCCAUCUCCCUUACCGCCCAUCAGUAGUACUCCAUUGGGGGCCCCCUCAGUCACCCCUGCUCUCUGUCUGUGCUCUACUCCCAUCAUGAUGCCCGGAUCAAAAAAGAUGAGGACUCUGGAGUUUGAAGAGGAACCUUGUGAAUUAAGGAUAGGAGUAGAGUGAGUUGUAACAGCCAGAGUAUGAAAUUUCAACCAGGAAGGCUUAGGUUUGUCUCCACUGAGCCCUGAGGCUCGCUGAACUCAUUUGGGACCAUCACUGUCUCUACCAUAAAAUGAGAAUAAAAUGUGGGAGCAGAGGGAACAAUAUGUGGCGGAAGGAUGGGAAAAAUGAAAGAACAACAUUGUGCCACUGCUAUUUUGUAAAGUAAACAUCAGCCUGGCAGCUGGCAGGCAGUCUGAAGCCUCUGGGUCGCUAGGCCUGGUAUAAAUGCCAGGAGCCUGGUCUUCUUGCCCGUACCUGUUCAACAAAGCGGCACCUUCUAACUGCUGCACACCUGGCUCCAGUUUCAGCAAAGGACAACAGGAACCCUGUGUUGCAAGCUCACCAUCUCAGGUCUAAAACAGGUAUGGCCCUAACUGCCCCCCCUUUACUCCUAUUUGAGAAUGCCUGGCUAGGGAUUUACUUGCAAAGUAAACACUCUACUGCUAGCUGCAACCCUUCCCCUAACAGAGAAGCAAGCGGUCUUUCUGGCGAUGAGAUAGCUGCUUUCCCCUCCUGAUUCUUGCGCCUCUUUUUGCAGCUGGUGUUUCCAAUUUUAAGUUCCGAGAGAUUCCCUGGUCUCAGCUGGUGAGUGAAAAUUAGUAUCCCAAGUAAUUGCUGGUCUGAUGACUAAGCCAGGGCUGCUUAAUUAUCACCCAUCUUUCACGGGAUGGGUUCAAGGCUGAGCUUUGCGGGACUUCGCAGAGGAGAGAACAAAGAAAGCGCUGCUGGAAUUCCCAGUGUGUCAGCCAGACGCUGCUGGUAUUUGGCAGCCUCCUCUCGCACACAUGUGCAUGGGGGAAAUGUGUUGACGUGGGCAGAGCAGCAAAUUGAUUUAUUUUUAUUGUAUGUCCUGUUUGAAAUCAGUGCCAGGAACCCCUGUCCUCCUAGCAGAGACAUUUUCCAAAUAGAGGAUGGAUCUCCUAAUAAAUUGCAGUCCUCAAAUGAUGUUCCACCUUCCCUUGCCUUGUGAACUGCUAGCCAUUUGUAUCCCAAGUUGACAUUUCUUGCUAUUGUUGACAGUUUGCAGGAGCCCCUUGGCUGUGUCAUGCCGCUGGCUGAUGAUGGCUUCCUCUGUCACUUGAAGUGGGUUUUGUGGAGGGCCAAGAGAGAAUGUGAGGACACUAUUUGCAAGCUUUGGAUGUGCUGUGUGGCUUGUUUGCUUUAUUAAUUUCCAUUGUUGCUCAUCUGGUUGAGUGGCAGGGCUGCCUUGCUUCUGAGCUCCAGGCACUGACUUGCUGGCUCCACCCAGAUAUUGUCGUCUGGCUCCUUAAAAGAGCCGGGAAUGUUCUGCCCUUGAAUUACCUUGGUUCACCUAUUGUCCACUGAGGCGCAUUUUGCUGUUCUUUUGGUGCAGAAUGAUGUGAUACCAUGUUUUUUCUCUGUCCUUUCAAAAUAUUCCCACAACUCCACUUUCUCCCUAAAACCAUUUUGUCCUCCCAACUGAAUUUAACCCUGAGUAUGUGGUGCUGUGGGUUAAACCACAGAGCCUAGGACUUGCCGAUCAGAAGUUCGGCGGUUCGAAUCCCUGCGAUGGGGUGAGCUCCCGUUGCUCGGUCCCUGCUCCUGCCAACCUAGCAGUUCGAAAGCACGUCAAAGUGCAAGUAGAUAAAUAGGUACUGCUCUGGCGGGAAGGUAAACGGCGUUUCCGUGCACUGCUGUGGUUCACCAGAAGCGGCUUAGUCAUUCUGGCCACAUGACCCGGAAGCUGUACACCGGCUCCCUCGGCCAAUAAAGCGAGAUGAGCACCGCAACCCCAGAGUCAGUCACGACUGGACCUAAUGGUCAGGGGUACCUUUACCUUUACCUUAUGUGCACAUUUGUCCAUUGUUACCCUUGCCUCUCCCUUCUGUGGUCUCAACCCCUGCCCCCAACAAAAUUAGUGUGUAGCUUCCUUGGAGCAAGGACCUGCUGUUUUGCUUAUGAAAUGGGGUGAACUUUGGCACUGUGUAAAUAACUACUGAUCCCCAUCCCCACCCCGUGGGACUUGAUGGCAAGUAAUACCUGAAAGAAUUCAUCUACCUUUACUUGGGGGAAAGGAAGCCUAUAGUUUUAUUUGGGAAAUUUUUGCAGCCAUUGCAAAUAAAUCAAUACAGUCCCCAAGUUUCCCUGGACCAUUUUGUAGUACACUUCCUAGAGUUCCACUAUCAAAAGCUCGUUCUCCUUCUUUUCAUACCUAUUUCAGCACCAUAGGCUUAUAACACACCUCUUGUUUAGAUAGGUUUCUGUAAACUGGUAGAUAGCUUGUUGCCGUUGCUGCUUUUAUUAUUAUUUAAAUGCAUGGACUGUGCAACACUUGUAAAGCUCUUAUGGAAGAGAGUAGUGGAAGGUUGUUUUAAUGUGUUUUUUUUUUUAAUGCCGCUUUCAGUGCAACACUUAACACCAGGUUAAAAAACUAGUGAGCUGCAAAGUCGCUCAGAGGUCUCUGUGAUGCAAUGUAAUGGCUGUUCCCUGAAUAACGGACAUUCACGUUUAACUUGAGGAGCACAGUGCUUUACUGUGUUUUAUUGAUGCAGGGCAUUUUCCAUUUCUGAAAAGAAUGGCCUCAGAUUCUGUACAUUUUGGUGGUUUUUGAGGGAACCAUCUAGACCAAAUCUGCACAGUUGGCAGCAUCUUAACCUAUGAAGAAUUGCCAGAAGACCCCGUGCCAGGUCAGGUCUUGUUAAAACAGUGAGUCAUCCUCCCCCUCUGGCUACUUGGAGAAGAGGACUUGCGUGGUUUUCUGGUUUAGCCUGAACUCGCCUGUCUUAGGCUAACAACGAAGCUAUAGCAGCAAUUUGUUUGAUCUGCUGAUGCAUCUUUUAAGAUUUAUUUCUUAGGACUUUGUUCAGAUCCGGUUGCCAUUUAGAAUGCGAACACCUGCUGCAAAUGGAGAGUAAAUUUCAGCUUCCCAGAAGGACACACCCGGCACCUCUUUGAGGGCCUCUGUUAUUCACUGCUGAGAGGGCUUCUCUGUCAGCAUUAUUGUGUCAAAGAUAGGGUCACUAGAUGUCCCCGUUUCCCGGGGACAGUCCCUGGAUUUGCAAAUUUGUCCCCGGACAAAUUCCAUCCCUGGAAUGUCCCCGGAUUUCAUUGAAUGUCCCCGGGAAACGUGGCAGCAGCAGCGGUAGUCUCAGUAGCCCGGACCAGCCUGGUAGCUCAGUUGGCUCUGGCUGGCUUCAGGAGCUGCCAGCUGCCAUGGCGCCCGCCAUUUUGCCUUGCUGGAAGUCCCCAUAUGAUGUGUUGCGCACAAGACACAUCAUAUGGGGACUCUGUGUAGGGGCUGAAGAUGCGGUGCUGGGCACCACCGGCGGGCAAGAGCUGCUCGGGGUUGUUGAUCUAGGUGCGCCACUGUGACUUGGUGCUCAGCUUGCUGUCGGUACCACUGUCCAAGACCAGCAGCUUGGGCUCCGACUCGGCCUCCGGGUGGUGCUUGGGCAGCUGCGGCUGCUGCUCGGCCUCGCCAUUGUGCUCCUCGACUUGCAAGCGGCGGCUCAGCUUGUUGGCCAGCUCAUCUUUGGCCAUUGUGGACGAGAGGCGAGCAGGCGACGAGCUGAUCCGGCCCAAGCGCGCCUCCUUCCGCUUGCUCCUUGCCGGCUCUGCCCCGGACCCGCUAACUGGGCAUGCCGUGGCGCAGGUAGGCGGCCGCCGGACGAUUCCUGAGCAGGAGACACCCAGACAGAGGGGCAGGGCAGCAGCAGGAGGAGGGGGUUUUUGCUUACGCUUGCUCCUGAGUAAGCCUGUAGGGGAUCGCAGUGCAAGGAGGGAGAGGGAGGGAGGGGGGAAGCAUGGCUAGUUCUCCAAGAAAGGCCGGGACCCAGAGGAGACCACAGAAGAGAUUACGUCUUUCUUUUUUUAAUAACUUCUCCCCUCUUUUUUAUUUUAAAAAAAUAUUUAUUUAUAGUGUCCCCAGACUUACUGAAAAAAUCUGGUAACCUUAUUCAAAGAGCUUUAUUGAAGUAUAAUACACAAGGCUUGGAAUUUUCUCAUAAUGAGACAAUUGAGUUUAACUGCCGAUAAGCCUUGUGACUGGCCAAGAAACCGAAACUAGGAAUCAUGGUUUAAAGUCUUCCUGUAAACUAUGGGUUGGUGUGAUGUCUGAGUUGACGAACAGUAGUUAGGGCAAUUGCCUCGAGUGCUGAGCUGAUGGAAAAAGAAAGCAUGCGAGCAUCUCUGAACGAUUGGAUGUUCAAACCAUGGCUUGGGUUGUGAAUCCAUCCUUUUGAGUGUGGUGUAGUGGUUAAGAGCGGUAGUCUCGUAAUCUGGUGAACCGGGUUCGCGUCUCCGCUCCUCCACAUGCAGCUGCUGGGUGACCUUGGGCCAGUCACACUUCUCUGAAGUCUCUCAGCCCCACUCACCUCACAGAGUGUUUGUUGUGGGGGAGGAAGGGAAAGGAGAAUGUUAGCCGCUUUGAGAUUCCUUAAUGGGAGUGAAAGGCGGGAUAUCAAAUCCAAACUCUUCUUCUUUUUCUUCUAAUCAAACUUUUAUAUGGAUGUACUCCUUUCUGGCAAGUAUUUCCUCUGCCACCUCUCUUCCUCAACAUAUCUUACCAAAGGUUUCCUUUUCCUUAAACCUAUUACAGUACUCCUGCUUUUUCUCAGAAUAUUUCCGGUGCCUGGGCGAUUGCUGUAAAGGUAAAGGUACCCCUGCCCAUACGGGCCGGUCAUGUCCGACUCUAGGGUUGUGCGCCCAUCUCACUUAAGAGGCUGGGGGCCAGCGCUGUCCGGAGACACUUCCGGGUCACGUGGCCAGCGUGACGAAGCUGCUCUGGCGUGCCAGCACCAGCGCAGCACAAGGAAACGCCGUUUACCUUCCCGCUAUAACGCGGUACCUAUUUAUCUACUUGCACUUAGGGGUGCUUUCGAACUGCUAGGUGGGCAGGAGCUGGGACCGAAAGACGGGAGCUCACCCCGCCGCGGGGAUUCGAACCGCCGACCAUACGAUCGGCAAGUCCUAGGCACUGAGGUUUUACCCACAGCGCCACCCGCGUCCCUUGGGCGAUUGCUGACCAAAGACUAAAGUCCUGCAGCUGUGCAGCAUCAAACUGUUCUCUCCUCAGCCAACAAUAUGUCUGCUGUGUCUUCCGCACAAUGGACCCUGUGAUUCAAGGCAGCUUCUGAGCUGCCCCAUUGCUGUUCACGGCCUAAUUCCCUCGUAAUUAAGGAAAUAGCUGACAAUGCGCAAAAUGAUGCAGCACACGGUGCUUCCUUUGUGCUGGGUGAGAUCAUCACUUGGACUGGGGUGGGGGCAGAAAAAGCAUGUUGAAUUGAGUGUUUGUCAUUGUGUGUCAGCUGACUCAUCCUGCCUGUUGCUUACCUCUGGUAGCAGCAUCUUCUCCCACAAGCAAGGGAAAAGCCUGGCUAGACUAGGUAACACCCCUUAGAUUCCAGUGCUUAACUCCCACAGUCUUCCAGGUGUGACUUUCCACGGCCCUCAGAUCUUGCUAGCUGCUUGCAAGUCCUGUGUACUAGAUAAUCUAGUUGUGAGAAGCAUGGUCUGGCUACUUGGCCUCUGGCUCCGUUUGCAGAUUGUCUUUUAGGGUAAGCAUGCAGAGUGACCCCAUAUUCACAGAGCACUGUCUGCAUGCUAAAGCAUUCCCACAUUUACCAGUUUCUGCCAACUUCCGCUCACUUCUGAUGCUUGGGAUGAUGCUACUCCAGGUAGUGCUAUUUGCCCAUCCCUAAAGCUUUCAAUGGGGACGCAGGUAGCACUGUGGGUUAAACCACAGAGCCUAGGACUUGCCAAUCAGAAGGUUGGCGGUUCGAAUCCCUGUGACGGGGUGAGCUCCUGUUGCUCAGUCCCUGCUCCUGCCAAACUAGCAGUUCGAAAGCACGUCAAAGUGCAAGUAGAUAAAUAGGUACCACUCCAGGCGGGAAGGGAAACGGCAUUUUCUUGCGCUGCUCUGGUUCACCAGAAGUGGCUUAGUCAUGCUGGCCACAUGACCGGCUGGCUCCCUCGGGCAAUAAAGCGAGAUGAGCGCCACAACCCCAGAGUCGUCCGCAACUGGACCUAAGGGUCAGGGGCCCCUUUACCUUUACCUUUAAAGCUUUCAAUGGAGCCUGGACUUGCCUUCAUUUUUAGGUAUCUGUAGCACGGAGCACUUUACUCUCUACCGUGUCAAUUUCUGGCCAAAAGUUCUUGUCAGAUUUGUUUUCCUGAACUUACUCGUCUACUUCCUUCAAAACCCUGUAGUUGGCAUAUCAAAUGUUCUCUUUAAACCCCUAUAGUCAUUACUCACUCCUGCAAUUAAGAGUGAAUUGGGGGGGGGGUCCCUUCACUUGCUGCCCCUGUUGUUGUGCCCCCUGGCAGCUCUACUACCACACUGUCCACAUGAUGGCAGCAUGCCUGCAGUGCCCCAAAUGCACGUAGGCUCAGUACCAACUGCUGAACAAAAGGGAGGCAUUGUAAUAAAUUAACAAGCAGAAGGCAAGUUUCUCUUGAUGUGUGUGAAAUUUUAGUUUUUUCAUACAUCAUGGUUCUACAAGUCCAUAUACAUAAGAGCCUAGAUAUUAACUUCCAUUACUUCAUGUAUUCAGGCUAUUGUGCCUACAGGAGAUAGGAUGAGUGCAUUGCCCUUUUGGCAAUGAUCUGUGCAAGCCUUAGCAGAGAAGCAACAUGUUGGCCUUGCAUUAAGCCACAGCUUUCCCCCUUAAAUUGAGUCCAGAUGUGUGAUGGAGCUAUAGCAACAUAUGGAAAACCCCCACUGGCUGCUUGUGAGCAGCAAGUCACUUUGGCAAUUGCAAGAGCUUGGCUUGAGGCCUUAAGACUAAUUGCCAGUUGUCUUAAGCCACACGCCCCAGCCCAGGGAGCUAAGUAGCUGGGCAGGGGAGGGGUGUGCGAUGAUAACUAGCUUCUCAGAAUUUACUUCUGACAUUUUAUCUUAGCCUUUGCUGCUGUAGGUCCCCUUUGAGCAGUGUAGAUAGGGCUUGGCAUCAAAAUUAAGUGGGUCUGUCUAAAAAUUAAAUAUUCUGUGUAGCCCCAGUGGGUCCUACCCACUUCAUAGGCAAACUUCAUCCACACUGCACUCGGCAAUGAAAUUUGAAUGUCAUGUGUGGGGCCUAUAUUUGGAGUGGCAAAGCCCCAAGCAAUGUAGCACACCAGGGCACGCACAUUUGGCAAAAGAGUUUUCACUCAUAACUUGUCAGUUUUUACUCUCGAGCUGCAGUUACUAUUUUGAGACGCCUGCAAAUUCAUUUCACAUUCUUGAUCUGGCACUAUGCUGUCCUGUGGGGUUUGGAGCCUCCAAAUUAGCUGCUGCUUAUUGACUUUGUAAGAAACAUCUACCCUUCUGAAAGCUGAAAUGUGGCCAACUUCUCGUCCAAAAAAAUCUUUAGAGGGAAGGAAGAGUCCAAGCGAAUGCUGUGUAUGCUAUGCUUUUGUCAGCUUGCAUUUCUAUGAUUCAGGGUUGAUUUCAACUUCUAGCUGGUUCAAUAUUUUGGAGAGGAAGAAGGGCAACACCCUAUUUCUUGAGGGUGUGUGUGUGUGAGAACAAGAGCUGGGAGCCUCUGACUGUGAAGUUGGAUGAGAUGUAGUAUGGAGGGAGAUAAUAAGGCUGUGUGUGUACUUAGUCCUCAGAGCCCUGUUCAGGAGCAGAAGGGAAUGGCCAUAUGCAACAUGACACUCUGCUAUUAGCAGGCAGGAUAAAGCAUUCAGAUUGGGCCGGAAUGUGUAUAAAUGCUAGGAUCCUUCUGUCCUGGUCCGGUCAACAGAGCAGGACCUUUCUCCAGCUGCACUUCAAGCUUCAGUGAAGCCCCAGUUCAAGUAGAGAGGUAGCCCCCAAGAAAAGGAGAAAAUUUAAUAUAUUUUAUUGGAGAAUUUCAGUAGCUCAUAGCUGUUGUCACUUUUCUAGUUGUAGCAGGGAGAGGGCUUCUGUGGUCCUUGCAGGCUUUGGGAUGAGCUUGAUAGGCCAAGGUGCCACGCAAGAAAAAUCCUGUUGCAGAGAGAGGAUAGCUGCCAGAAGGCCAUAUUGCCUGUGCUGGGAAACUUCUCUGUCCUAUUUUAGCUUGCCUUUGUUUCUUUGCUGAAACAUACCUUGUUCUGAUUACAAAAUCUUUGCUGAUAUUUUAGCAAAAAGGCUUAAAAAAGUGCUAAAAGGAGUGAUUCAUAAGGACCAAGCUGGCUUUCUUCCAGAUAGACAUCUUUCUGACAAUACAAGGAAUAUAAUUGAUAUUCUGGAGAAGCUGCAAGAGGAGAUUAAUACUAAAGCAGUUUUGAUUUUUGUGGACGCAGAGAAAGCCUUUGAUAAUAUUUCUUGGAGCUUUAUGAAGAAAAAUCUCCAGGGGAUGGGGGUAGGCCAAGAGUUUGAAAAUGGUAUAAAUGCAAUUUAUUCGGAACAAAAAGCUAAAUUAAUAGUUAAUAAUGUGAUAACAGAGGAAAUUAAGAUAGAGAAAGGGACACGACAAGGCUGCCCAAUUUCCCCAUUGCUUUUUAUUUCUGUCCUGGAGGUUUUGUUAAAUAUGAUAAGAAGGGACCAUUUGAUUAAGGGUAUAACGGUCGGAGCGAAACAAUACAAACUGAAAGCAUUUGCAGAUGACCUUGUAUUGACAUUACAGGAGCCAGAAUCUAGUACGAAAAGAGCAUUAGAACUGAUUCAAGAGUUUGGUCAGGUGGCAGGUUUUAAGCUGAAUAAGUUUAAAACUAAAGUACUUGAGAAGAAUUUACCCCCGAGUGAACAAAGAGAGGUUUCAGAAUGAGACAGGCUUAACAGUGGUAAAAAAAAGUGAAAUACUUGGGGAUUCAUAUGACAGCUAAAAAUGGGAAUUUAUUUAAAGACAAUUAUGAAAAGUGUUGGUCGGACAUUAAAAAGGAUUUAGAAAUAUGGACAAAUUUGAAGCUUUCCUUGUUAGGUCGAAUUGCUGUCAUCAAGAUGAAUGUAUUGCCAAGAAUGUUGUUUCUGUUUCAAUCGAUACAAAUAAUAGACAAAAUGGAUUGUUUUAAGAAGUGGCAGAGAGAUAUCUCUAAGUUUGUCUGGCAGGGCAAGAGGCCCAGGAUAAAAUUUAAAAUAUUGACUGAUGCUAAAGAAAGAGGGGGAUUUGCCCUGCCAGACCUUAAACUUUAUUAUGAAUCAGCAGCUUUCUGCUGGUUGAAGGAUUGGUUACUUCUGGAAAAUACUGAUGUGUUGGACUUAGAAGGUUUCAAUAAUGUGUUUGGGUGGCAUGCAUAUUUGUGGUAUGACAAGGUUAAAGCUCACAAAAUAUUUAAAAACCAUAUUGUCAGGAAAGCAUUGUUCAAUGUCUGGAUAAGAUAUAAAGACUUAUUGGAGAAUAAAACCCCAAGGUGGCUAUCACCAAUGGAGGCAAAGGCCCUGAAAAAGUCCAAUAUGGAGGCCAAGUGGCCAAAAUAUUGGGAGAUCUUGGAACAAGAAGGAGAUAAAUUCAAAUUGCAGAGUUUUGAAAAACUAAAAGAUAGAGUGCGAGACUGGUUGCAUUAUUACCAAAUAAGAGAGGUUUAUAAUUUGGAUAGAAAAAUUGGCUUCCAGGUGGAAAAAUCAAAGUUGGAAACAGAACUGUUAGAUCCCAAAACUAAAACACUUUCAAGAAUGUAUAACUUGCUGCUAAAAUGGAAUACUCAGGAUGAAACGGUAAAAUCUGUUAUGAUUAAAUGGGCACAGGAUGUUGGACAUAACAUCAUGUUUGCUGACUGGGAAUGGUUAUGGACCACAGGUACGAAGUUUACAGCAUGUAAUGCUUUAAAAGAGAAUAUAAUGAAAAUGGUGUACAGGUGGUACAUGACCCCAGUCAAGCUUGCAAAAAUCUACCAUUUGCCCGAUAAUAAAUGUUGGAAAUGUAAAGAAACUGAAGGUACAUUCUUUCACCUUUGGUGGACGUGCCCAAAGAUUAAGGCCUUCUGGGAAAGGAUAUAUAAUGAGUUGAAAAAGGUAUUUAAGUAUACCUUCUUAAAGAAACCAGAGGCCUUUCUCCUGGGCAUUGUUGGCCAAUUGGUGCCAAAGAAAGAUAGAACUUUCUUUAUGUAUGCAACAGCAGCAGCAAGGAUACUUAUCGCAAAGUAUUGGAAGACACAAGACUUACCCACUCUGGAAGAAUGGCAGAUGAAGGUAAUCGAUUAUAUGGAAUUGGCGGAAAUGACUGGCAGAAUCCGUGACCAGGGAGAAGAGUCGGUGGAAGAAGAUUGGAAGAAAUUUAAAGACUAUUUACAGAAAUACUAUAAAAUUAAUGAAUGUUAAAUUGAGGUCUGAUUGAAAAUAAUUGGUAUUGGCAAAAACCUCGCGUUUAAGAGCAUGGAAUAUUUGAUUGAUAAGGUUGUAAAAAUAUCUAUAUAUAAAUAGAUUAAGUUUCUUGAGUUAAGAUAAAGGAAGGAGGGUAAGGAUUUGCUGAAAGGAGCUUUUAAAAGGAAAUACAAGCGGGGAGGUGCGGGGAAGUCAAAAAACCAAGGAAAGAUAAGAAGGUUAAAUGAAAGUAUAAAUUUUUAAAUUUUUCUGUUUCUUUUUCUUUUUCUCUUUUGUUUUCCUCUUUUAUAGUUACUGUUAUUUUUUGUUUUCCUUUUGUCACUGUUAUUGUUGUUUUUUGUCUUUGAAAUUCUGUAUUUUUGUAUGUUUUGAAAUUUUUGUAAAACCAAUAAAUAUUACAUUAAUAAAAAAGAAAUUUCUCUGAAAAAAAAAAAAGAAACAUACCUUGUUCUUCAGAGGAGGAUUGCAUAGACUCAUAGAAUCGUAGAGUUGGAAGAGACCCUGAGGGCCCUCUAGUGCAGCCCCCUGCAGUGCAGGAAUCUCAACUAAAUCUUACUUGACAGACGACCAUCCAUCUGUCCAAUGAGCUUCUUGGCCUCAUUGGCUUCUCCUACUUGUUGCUUCUUUUUGUUGCUUGAUAGUUGGCUUAGAAGAUCCAUUUAGAAGUGGAUACUAGCAGUUUUGUAGAGGAGCAUGCCUGUGUCAUUGAUUGCUUGCCCUGGCCUGAAAGAAUUGAGUUUUAGUAGGAGCCUAACAACUUGAGAGAUGAGGUUUGAUACAGAAGAUGUCACUUUCAGUUGAUGGAACCUUUCACCUUCAGGUUUGAUAACCAUGUGCCUGUGAGCAGCCACACCACAGUGGUCUCUCAAGUACCAUUGGUUGGCAACUGGCUAGAAUACUUUUAACCAGCUGCCUUGUAUUAAAAAUAAUCAGUUAUAAAUACAAUUACAUUUGCAUAGGUUAGCAUAAUAACAAAACUGUUUAAAUUCAUUGGGAGUUUACUAUAGAUCCCCAAGCCAAACGGAGGACAUAGAUGAUGCCUUCCUGGAACAGAUGGCCAAGCAUGCAAAAGGAAGGGAGAUAGUAGUAAUGGGGAACUUCAAUUACCCGGAUAUUUGUUGGAUGUCAAACUCAGCCAAGAGCAUAAGGUCAAACAGAUUCCUCACUGGCCUUGCAGACAACUUCAUUGUCCAGAAAGUGGGAGAAGCAACAAGAGGAACAGCCAUUUUAGAUCUGGUCCUAACCAAUGUUGAUGACCUGGUUAGUGGGGUAGAAGUGGAAGGAUCAUUAGGCGCGAGUGAUCAUGCUCUUCUAAAGUUUACUAUACAGCGGAAAGGAGCAGCCAAGCAUACUAGGACUCAAUUGCUUGACUUUAAGAAAGCCGACUUCAUAAAACUUAGGGAAGUGCUGGGUGAGAUCCCAUGGACAGUAAUACUAAAAGGAAAGGGAGUUCAUGAUGGCUGGGAGUUUGUUAAGAGGGAGAUAGUAAAAGCACAACGUCAGGCAAUACCAAUGAGACGGAAACAUGGAAGGUGCCUAAAGAAGCCAGGGUGGCUAUCUAAAGAACUUUUAACUGAGUUAAGAUUAAAAAGGAUGUGUACAAAAAAUGGAAAAGGGGGGAAACCACCAAAGAGGAAUUCAAACAAAUAGCCAGCACAUGUAGACACAAAGUCAGAAAAGCUAAAGCACAGAAUGAACUCAGGCUUGCUAGAGAGGUUAAAAGCAACAAAAAGGCUUUUAUGGGUAUGUUCGUAGCAAAAGGAAGAACAAAGAAACAGUGGGGUCACUCAGAGGAGAAGAUGGUGAAAUGCAAACAGGGGACACAGAAAGGGCUGAACUCCUCAAUGCCUUCUUUGCCUCAGUCUUCUCCGAUAAAGAAAACAAUGCCCGACCUGAAGAAUUUGGAGCAAAUGAUUCAGCAGAGGAAACACAGCCCAGAAUAACUAAGGAGAUAGUACAAGAAUACUUGGCUAGUUUAGAUGUAUUCAAGUCUCCAGGGCCAGAUGAACUGCAUCCAAGAGUAUUAAAAGAACUGGCAGAUGUGAUCUCAGAACCACUGGCAGUCAUCUUUGAGAAUUCCUGGAGAACAGGCGAAGUCCCGGCAGACUGGAGGAGGGCAAAUGUUGUCCCUAUUUUCAAAAAGGGGAAAAGAGAGGACCCAAAUAAUUACCGCCCAGUCAGUCUGACAUCAAUACCAGGGAAGAUUCUGGAGCAGAUCAUUAAGCAAACAGUCUGUGAGCACCUAGAAAGGAAUGCUGUGAUCACCAAUAGUCAGCAUGGAUUUCUGAAAAAUAAGUCAUGUCAGACUAACCUGAUCUCGUUUUUUUGACAGAAUUACAAGGCUGGUAGAUGAAGGGAAUGCAGUGGAUGUAGCCUACCUUGAUUUCAGCAAGGCAUUUGACAAGGUGCCCCAUGAUAUUCUUGUAAAGAAGCUGGUAAAAUGCGGUCUUGACUAUGCUACCACUCGGUGGAUUUGUAACUGGCUGACUGACCGAACCCAAAGGGUGCUCAUCAAUGGUUCCUCUUCAUCCUGGAGAAGAGUGACUAGUGGGGUGCCACAGGGUUCUGUCUUGGGCCCAGUCUUAUUCAACAUCUUUAUCAACGACUUGGAUGAUGGACUCAAGGGCAUCCUGAUCAAAUUUGCAGAUGACACCAAACUGGGAGGGGUGGCUAACACCCCAGAGGACAGGAUCACACUUCAAAAUGACAUUGACAGAUUAGAGAACUGGACAAAAACAAACAAGAUGAAUUUUAACAGGGAGAAAUGUAAAGUAUUUCACUUGGGCAAAAAAAAUGAGAGGCACAAAUACAAGAUGGGUGACACCUGACUUGAGAGCAGUACAUGUGAAAAGGAUCUAGGAGUCUUGGUUGACCACAAACUUGACAUGAGCCAACAGUGUGACGUGGCAGCUGAAAAAGCCAAUGCAAUUCUGGGCUGCAUCAAUAGGAGUAUAGCAUCUAGAUCAAGGGAAGUAAUAGUGCCACUGUAUUCUGCUCUGGUCAGACCUCACCUGGAGUACUGUGUCCAGUUCUGGGCACCACAGUUCAAGAAGGACACUGACAAACUGGAACGUGUCCAGAGGAGGGCAACCAAAAUGGUCAAAGGCCUGGAAACGAUGCCUUAUGAGGAACGGCUAAGGGAGCUGGGCAUGUUUAGCCUGGAGAAGAGGAGGUUAAGGGGUGAUAUGAUAGCCAUGUUCAAAUAUAUCAAAGGAUGUCACAUAGAGGAGGGAGAAAGGUUGUUUUCUGCUGCUCCAGAGAAGCGGACACGGAGCAAUGGAUCCAAACUACAAGAAAGAAGAUUCCACCUAAACAUUAGGAAGAACUUCCUGACAGUAAGAGCUGUUUGACAGUGGAAUUUGCUGCCAAGGAGUGUGGUGGAGUCUCCUUCUUUGAAGGUCUUUAAGCAGAGGCUUGACAACCAUAUGUCAGGAGUGCUCUGAUGGUGUUUCCUGCUUGGCAGGGGGUUGGACUCGAUGGCCCUUGUGGUCUCUUCCAACUCUAUGAUUCUAUGAUUCAUUGAAGUAAUAUAUACAUUUCAGCAUAACAGCCUCCAUUAGCUUGAAUUGUGCUUUAUAUUGCAUAUAGUGGUUUUCCUAGGUAGGGUCAUGCAUCUCUUUGAAUGGAUCAGGGACACCCAUCAAACCAGAUGUGUACUACAGUGUAUGUUUGGCUGCAUAUCCUCAUAGGCUGCAAAGGGAGGUCUCCCUUGAGGGGUGGGGACACAUGUCUCUGUGAGUUAAAUAUAUAUAUGGACCUGUUUUUCUGCUUUAUCAUUCUGUUGGCAUCCUGUAACCAAGAUGGCCAGUGCACAAGCUUUUGAUGUUCUGUGGCCUGGCCCUGUGAUGGGAGCUAAAGGGGAGUGGGGAAUAGUUCGAGGAUCGCAUGAUGUGGCACACAGCUGUAGCAGCUUUUUGGGGGAGAGCAUCCACUGAAAGAUGCAACUGGUGUGGAUGUCAUUGCAAUUUGUUGUUUCUGUUGAUGGAGGCAAGGACGGUGCAGUCUGCCACAGCUGUUACUCGUUGACCAGUGAAAUAAAUGACUUUGUAAGACAAAGAGGAAACAAAGCUGUAGCUGAAUGGUCAAGGGAGAUCUGGAGUGGAAUUCUUAGGCUGGGUCUGAAAACUCUUGAUGUCCCUUCACAAAAACACUUGGCAAGAUCCAGGAAUGAGGCUUUGAAGCUGGUCGCAGCGGAUAACCAAGGCCAGCCAAUAUCUUUCUGGCGAGUUGAUACCUGCUAGAAUCAUCGAAUUGUAGAGUUGGAAGGGACCACAAUGGUCACCUAUCUAGUCUAAUCUUUUGUUUUGUUUUAUUUGUUAAAGUCAUAUCCUACCAUUCCUCCUAAAUCUGUGAUAGAACAUUACCAUUAAAAAUAAAAUCAUGUUUGGAACAUUUAAAUACAGUAAACAUAGCAAAGCAUUAAACAAAUGUUAAAAGAGAUAUGACUAAAUCAUGUGUCUGGAUAUGCCCACUGAAUCAGGAAAGUUUCAGCAGGCGUCACAGUGUUAGGAUGUCAUCUGCCUAGUGCUAGUGGAUAGGGAAUUCCAGAACGCUGGGGCUGCCACAUUAAAGGAAUUAUUGUCUGUGCCGUUUUGCAUGAAGAAAGUCUGAGUUUUGCGCUCUGGAGAAACAAUGGAAAUAAGCAAGUUGGUGGUAUUCAAAGUUUUACUCAAAGUAGACUUACUGAAAAUAAUGGAUCUAACUUAGCUAUGUUUUGGUGUGUCUACUUUGAAUAAAACUUAAAAACCACCCCAUUUGCUGAUAACCAGUUGAAUGUUAUUUCUAAACCAGUUGUUUCUAUUUUUCCUUCUUCUGAAAUUGCAGUAUUGUUGGCAUUAUGGGGCUAGUGGUUAGGCAGCUUUUUGUGAUAAUGCUUCUAGGUGUGGGGUUGAAGAAGCUCAACUCUGUACUUUUCUCUUUUCUCUCUCCUCCUCGGCCCUUCCUGCCCUCCUGCUGAGUUGAGGCUUUUCCAGGAAUGAGCAGUUUUGCUCACAAAGCACAUUCCAUAGCCUCAGUUCCUUUUUGGCAAGAGCAUUUGCCUGCUAUUAAACCAGAGCCAGGCCCAGCUUGUCAACCCUUUUUCUAAGGCUGGGGCUAGAGGGGUGCAAAGCAAAGAGAGGGGUGCAGAGGUACUCUAUUUAGCUGCCUGCUUGAGGGUUGGUUCUGCCUUGAUACCUGCUAAGCCCUCGGUGUCUGAGGAGCACACACGGCUACUACCCUCCCCCCCUCCCGCCCCGCAUUCUGGCCAGACAAACUUGCAUGGGGCAGUCUGAAAUCCAUUUUACUACACCGUCUCCUGUGAAUUAAUUGAACUUUGUUGGCAUACGUCUGUCUCAAGAGACAAUGGAGUACGUCUCCAGUGGUGAAGUCAAAUCUGUGUUAGCAGCACUGAAAUGACUUCCCCAGGGUGCAGGCCUGGGCAGUGUGUAUGUAAAUUCUGGGCUGCCUGGAAGGCAAGACCCCCCUCUUGGCCUCGCUGGUGUGAUCCAAACGAAAGUAGAGCAAUACCUUUGGCACCAGCUUGGCUGCAGGCGUUGUCGGAAGGUGGCGUACAAGGCGCCGUCCCACCAUCUUAGGGACUCUGGAUUUGUGUAGGGGUUUACACUUUAGACUUUUCUUCUCCCGAAGAAAUCCUGCAAGGUAGCAGAGGUUUAGGAUCAGAGUUUUCCUUCUCCUAGGUACACAAGCUCCAUCUGCCCCCAUAUCCCUCUAGACCACAUGUAGAAACUGCCUUCUUGACCGUUGGACCCACUACUGGUCUCAUCUGUUCAAUCCAUCAGAGCCUGUCUUUGCAUGCAGGGAAAGUCCCUAAUUCACUGAGGGUUUGAGACCCAUUGGCUCCCCUCAUCUUUAGCCAGCCAGUCAGAGCUGUUCUAGAAGCUGUCAGCAUUUACAUGGAAAGAAACUGAGUGUGUGCAGGGCUUAGUUAAAGCACCAACACCUACCCACAGAUUUAUUGCAUUCCUGCAUUGCCCUUUUCCCCUUUAUGGAUCUCAGUGUAAAGGUAAUGAACUCCUGGUCUCCCACUCUGUUAUAGGCCAGCCUCAGAUCUGCUUAGCAUCUGUGAUGGAACGACAGCAAGCACCUUCAGGCCAUUUUCUGGGGCUGGAUUUGAACAAGAGUUCACUUUGCAGCCAUAUUUGUGGGGUAAGAUACAGAGGGUGGUGAAAGGCUUAUUGCAGCCACAAUAUAAUCAUGUCUAGUCACAACAUUUUAACUAUCUUAAUUACUACAUGCAGAGGUAGAAAACAUGUCACUAAUGUGUUCCCUAAUGGUCAUUGUAGCCUCUUAUUAUCCUCAGAGCAAUUUCAGCUUUCAGUGUGAGUAAAACACACUUCUAGGCAGUCAAGCUUUACAAAAGGUCGUUCUUCUCCCCAUUAUUUGUUUUUUCUUACAGGCUACAAGUAAUUAAAUAUAGUUAGGUGUGUGUGCAGACAAGUAAGAAUAUUUGGAGGUUAGCCAUUUCUGUGGAUUUACUGCCAAGCUAGGAUACAGCAAACAAAAUAACACUUUUGUAGCUGGCAGCACAGCAUCAAGUGACUUGUGUUGACAGUGGUGUAGAUUGUGUUAUAUGAACAGAGGACACAUCGCUAGAUUCAGUCAAAGUAGCAAAUUCAUCUUGUGCAAUUUGCCGUUCCUGUGAAAUUUUGCCGUUGCUCAUUGGGAUGGCGUUCCCAGUGAGAAACCGCUUAUGACAAACACAGGUUUGAUAAUCCUGGUGUGUGUUAAGUUGCCUGUCUUAUUAUGGGCACUGCUCUUGAAAUAUAAUCAGUAAUAAUUUCUAAUAGCUAACAACAUUCAGGGUGGGAUGGGCAGCAUUUGGCUCAACAAGCGCCUGGAAUCCCUUCCAGUAUGUUGCCUGGUCAAGGUUUGUGCGCACUGCAGCCUCCGUGUCCUGGGUGUCAGAAGUGGAGUGGAUGCCAGCCUUGGCAUCAGAUUUGCUCUCAGCUCCCUCCAUUAAAGGGGGAGGGCUCUUGUGUAACAGGAUGGUUCCUUGACUGGAGAAGAUGAGAGAGACAUAUCUGGAAGGCAGGUGAUGGGAAACACUUCUCAGAAUUUUCCUGAACCUUGUUUGGGGGGUGGGUCUCCACCCCCCCCCUUCUGGGAUGCUCCCUGGGAUCAGACAUCUUUGGGGGGGGGUCAGCAUCAUUUACCCCGACCCCCUGGGACUCUCCUCCAGGUCUAACUCCCAUUUUUCCUUGGGGUCUGACCACUCUUCCAGGGGACUCAUGACAGAUGGGAAGGGCUUCCAGCAUUGAUACAUCUCUCUUGAAAAAUGUAAGUCGCAGGCCAUAUGUAUAUUUAACCUUCAAGUAGAUCCCAUUGAACACAGUGAGGGUGAUCUGACUCUGGGUGCAUGUGAUCCAAGUGUGUGGGAGAAAGAAACGGAAAAAACCUGAGCAUCCGGAAUGCUUCCAUGAAUUGCAGUUAAUGUAGAAGCAACAUGUUCAGCAUAAUGAGACUAAAAAUUAAGCAGUUCAUGCAUUGCAGUUUGACAGAUAUAACCCACAUGUUUUUAUUCCAUUUCCCCAUGAGGACUAGAUGCCCCUGCAAAUGAAAAUGACAAUCCUUGGGUUGCCAGCGUCUUCAAUAAAUUCUGUUCUGACUCUGUUGACAUAGUGCCUGCCACCAAAAUGUAUUUUGAGUCAGACUGUUAGUCUGUCUCGUUCAGUAUUGAUUUUACUGACUGGCAGCAGCCCUCUUGGGUGUCAGGCAGGGGGUCUUCCCAGCCCUACCUGGGGAUGCUGGUGAUUGCACCUGAGAUGUUCUGCAAGCAUAGCAGGUGCUGUACCACUGAGCUAUGGCCCUUUCCACAAAAGGACCUGCAUGCAGGUGAUAAAUUUUAAAAACCUGAGCAUCCAUAAUAAGCCUCUUUCACCUAGAGUUAUGAUCCUGUGUCAAGGUGGUCCCUUGGUGCUCUGCAGAUUGCACUCCUGGUUUUGUGAGUAAGGGGUUGCCCACCGGCUUGCAGUUCAGAUUCUUGGCACAGAGCCUUCUGGAGCUCUUUGAACCUCUUCUGACUGCAUCUCAGUAAGACACAGCUAGCUGGUUGGUUGGUGCAGAAGAUGUGGGAAAUGGUGUCACUUUAAAAGACUCCAUUCAGAUUAAAUGAGUGCAUCUGAGCCUUCAGGGCUACAAGGAGCAGGUUCCUUUGAUGUAUAAAGUAGGGACAGAAGGCGUCGUCUGGGUGGGGCAGAGUUAAUUAGGAUGGAAAACCCUAUUUGCCUCCUGCAAUUUUCUGUCCAUGUUUUGAAACGGGCAGAAAAAUCCUGCCUGCAGAGGAGUUCCACAACUGGAAGAAGCACCAGGAGUUUCUGACUUCAUCUUAUUAUCCCAGUUCCUAAGCGGAUACAGGAGGCAUGCAAGAGGGGUGCACCUCCAAAGCUAAUCAUAAAAUGAGAAAACGUACUUAACAUGCCCGCCGAAACAAACAUGUCUUCACCAAGUGCCUGAAAGGGGCCUGUCCGAUCUCAGCUGGGACUGAGUGACACUGAAUUGAGCCCACAAUAUUGAACACUCCUGGUGGAUCUGAGUCGUGUAAGACUACUCACAGUAAUUCCUCUCAGGAGCUCUGUGAUUGGGCAGGGAUAUAAGGCAUCCAUCAGUCCCUAAGGUAUCCUUGAACCCAAGUCGUUAAGGGCCUUGUAAAUUAAUACAAGAACCUUGAAUUUGGCUCAGUAGGAACUAGUUGUUGUUGGCAUCUGUCUACCUCGAGAGACAAUGGAGUGUGCUUGUGGGGGUGAAGCCAAACGGCUGCACUGGGAGCACCAAAGUGACCUCCCUGGGAUGCAAGCCUGGGCAGAGUGUAUGGAGGCCCUAGGCUGCCAGAACGACAACACAAAUACACACGGGCUCACUGAUUUGGUCCAAAGGAAAGGAAAGCAAUACGUUUGGCACCAGCUUGGCUGCAGGUGUUGCCGGAAGGAGACAGUGUACUAGGCGCCAUUCAACCAUCUUAGGGGCUCCACUUUGGAUUUGUGUAGGGUUUACUCCUUGGCCUUAUCUUCUUGCUUUUAAACACUAUAGUUAUAUGAUGGUAAUAGCCUGUCCAGACUUACUCUGUGUCCGCACAUAAUUUCUAACCCUCCUUCCCUCCGGUGCUGUAGACUGACGGGCCUUUAAAGCUCAGCUUGCACAUCUUCCAAACCCAUUUUGAUGUAUGGAUCCUUGGAGCACUGGGAAAGCUGAAGAUUAUUGAGGCCAUAUAGGUGGCCAUUUUUCAAAUAAUAUUUGUGCUGUACAGAUUGUAAUCUUCAUCUUGUGCAUGAAGUUACUUGAGUCCGUUUUAUUACAGAACUCAAGUUCAGGCCAGAAAGCCAAGGAUUCUUGUGUGACCAGAAUAGCCAGUAGAUUUAUGAAGGGUGGGACUAGUCACCACCCCAACCAGUAGAAGCCACAUUGUGCCUCAGUCAAGUUUCUCAGCUUUUUAGGCAACCAUGAGGACUAGAAACCCAACAUUCAGAAAGCUGAGCUUCUGAGGAUUUUGUUGGAGUGAAUACAUUUUUCUCAGCAGAAGUGGGCUUGGUUGAUCAUGGCACAUUCAGAGGUAUCUUGCCUGAAGAACAUAGGAUUUCCAAAAUAUGAAAGUGAUUGACUCCCCUUUUUAAAAAGAUGGGGCCUCUCCUAACAGUAACACAGCGUCUGAGCUGAACCCUGUGGGCUGCCUUCUCUGCACCCUCCACCCCGCCAAGGCGUUGACCCAAACGAUUGUACUUUCUUGCAUGGUUCCAUCUGGUGAAGCGACUUCAAAGUCUGUCUCAUUUUGGCAGGAACAUAUGGCCUUCCAUAAGUGAGGAGGGUUUUGCGGUGGGGAUAUCUCAGCCUCUGUUCAGCCUACAUGCACAAUUGCUUUCAUUUAUGGAGCUUAGACACUGUGUAUAUUGAGGAGAAAAGGCCAUAUUUGUGUCUUGUCUUAUGCCCCAGGAUGCUCAAACAUGUUGCUACAUGUUCUUUGCUGGGAUGGAAAUAAAGCGAUUUAAAUAAGAGUCAGCUGAAGAUUUCAAUCUUAAGCUUUUAAAGGCCUUUUGUCAAAUAGCUCUUGUUUUGCUGUGUGCCAGGGGAAGGUUAAGCCCAUGUGCCUCUAAAUCAUCUUCACCAGCCAAGGAUGCCUGAGGCCAGUUGCUGGAGGACUAAAGGAGGGCAAAGGGGCCAGCAAUCAGACAGCUCCACUCUGUUGGCCAGGCAACAGCAGACGGUCAGGCUCCUUGUCUUUAAGUUAUGCCUGGCCAGUCCAAAGACCUUUUGCUGCUUCCAAAUUCAAGGCCAGAUGUUGCUCACACCUGUUCCCUUCUGUCCUCAAAGGGGCCUCUGAGAGCUUGAGUGCCCCAGAAUCCCUGCCACUCUGAUCUGGAGGCAUUGAUACACUUGCGGAACAGAAGACAACAGUCCCUUCUUGUUCACAAAUGUUGCAUCUGUAGCAUGGCUCAGCAAACUAAGGCCUGUGGGCCAGAUCAGGCCCAAUUGCCUUCUGGAUCCGGCCUGCAGAUGGUCCGGGAAUCGCCACGUGGAUCGCCUGCACGCGGAUCCCUCAUAUGGCGGCUGCGCCUCCUCCCUCCCUCCUCCUGGCUUCUCCCUGCCCUGCCUAGAGGAGGAAGGGGGCUGGGUUUUGUUGGUGCCAGCAGCAGCAGCGCUCGAGUGGCCGCCAUUUUGAGCAGCCCCUCUCCGCAGCCCUUUUGCACGCUGCUCUUCGUCCCUCCACUGCUGCCACCAGCCCCUGCUGCUUGUAAGACACAGGUAAGCAGCCACAGGGGCUCGUAGUGCUCUUGCAUCAUUUCCCCCCCGCCAAAAUAUAGUCUGGCCCCCCACAAGGUCUGAGAGACAGUGGACCGGCCCCCUGCUGAAAAACUUUACUGACCCCUAAUCUAUAGGUUCACUUCACUUAGCCAGCAACUAUAGAUUUUCUUUCAUAUCAUUUGCUCCAAGUAGGCUUGCAUUCUAAGGAAUCUCUGCUAUUUUUUUUUAAAGGAAACAUUAGUCUUGGCAAUGCAUAUAAUAUAGGCUCCCCAUAGUUUAUGCAGGUUACAGAACCCAGUUUUCCUUUGUACAGGAUUGGGACCAUCCCACCAUGUCCCCUUUGACUUCUGUCUUCCGGAUAUGUUACGUUAUAGUCUGCCUUUCAUAUCUUAAAAUACCCUUGUGGUAAGAUGUUGUGUGUAGUCUAGGAGCCAGCAAUAGAAAGGGGAUCAGUUCUCUUCCUCAGAAUAAAACAUCAAUUGAAAUAUUGAGACCUGACAGGAUAAUGUGGCUUACUUUGAUUUAUCAUUUUAAAGUGAACAAUGUUUUCACCUGUCAUUGUGCAAAACAGCCUUGUUCUCCCCCCAUCUUUCUUUUAAGGAUUCCCAUGCAGAUUCGUGCUUAGUCAUGUAGUUUUCCGGGCAGCCUAGACACGUCUCUACAUCUCAAUCUUGCUUCGCUUCACAGGGCUCUCUAAGGGACAAAUGAACUGUUAUACACACACACUUCCUUUUAUAGAAAUCAUAAAUAAGAAGCAGAAAUUUGAGAGGGCUUAGCUGCAAGUUGACAGAUCCACAAAUAUGACCUGAGAAAUAAGCAGAUUAGGAAUUAUAGAUGUUUCUGGUUGGAUUUGAGCUGUCUUGAUUGGGUAGGUAGGGCUUAGGAUGUGGAAUUGAGAUGCAUUAAUGUAUCAUGCCCAAUCUCUGCCUCUUAAGAAACAUCCUCAGGUUUUAUUAUCAUGGCAGUCCAGGUUCUUCUGGGGUUUUUUGCCCUAGAAUCAGGCUGCCAGCUCUGUUAUUUUUUGACCUCAUGUGCUGGCCUGUACUUUGACAUCUGUCUCUCUCUUCUUUUUGCAGCGUUGUGAAGGAAGAAAUCUCAGACGACAAUGCAAAGCUUCCCUGUUUCAACGGCCGCGUGGUGUCUUGGGUAAGCUGGAUUCUUGACUGGGUCUUUUUCCAGGCAUCCGUGUACAGGAGUGGCUUUACCAUGUGGGCAGGUUAAGCAGCUGCUUCAAGUGACAUAUUGGAAUCUAAUUAGCUGAAGUGCCCCUCCUCACAGGGCCUGUAACUGCAAUGCCUAAUUCUCAGGUUUACUGUGCCUGUGUGGCCUCCUCAUCUUUGGUUCUCUGGCCUCUACCCACCCAGCACCUCCUUUUCCAUUUAAAACUGAGCAUGCUCUAUUCCACCUUGCCCAACUGGCCGCAAAGGAGCAGCAGCAGCAGCCUUGCCUAGGAAAAAGAAAGGCAAACACGGCUUGUCUACUUGCUGGUCAGCUGGCAGGCUCACAUGCCGGUUUGAGCACUUUAUACCACACUGGGCUAGGAGUUCAGCUCAACCUUUGGAGAGGAAGGCAGCAGAAGCCUUAAAACUUGGAAGGUGAAAGAAUGUGAGAGUUAGCGGCUGUGUGCAUGUGCAAGUCUUCCCGGUAGUCCUAAGCUGAAGCAAUUCCCUGUUCUGUCUUCACUUGCCCUGCUUAUACUUUGAUGUGAGAGGAGCCAGGGCUUUUUAUCCCCCCCCCCCCUUUAUCCCUUAAGAGGUUUUUGCAAGGUAGUUCCUUCCAGUGAAUGCCUUAAUUUUGCGCAUGUUCAGCUGAAACCAGGUGGACCACCUCAGAGUAAGGAGGGUGGGGGUUCACAUUCUAGGCUCUGGAGCACUUCAUCAAGCAGGACGCAAUCCAUAAAACCCAUUUUUGGAUUCCUUUGGACUCUUAACCCAGUGGGUAAGAACCUAGCAAUGUAAAACUUUCUUAAGCAUAUCUACUCAAAGGUAAGUCCCCUUCCGUUCAGUGGAACAUACACUGAAGCAAGGGUGCAUGGGAUGGCAGCCUUGGCAUGAAAGAGGAAGGAAGCAGGGAGAGACUCAUUGGUAAGUGACAACCUCUUCUUUUCCUUCCAUGGCUGGAUAUUGGAUAAGCUCCAGUGCAUCCUCAUGAACUAACUGAUUGUUGCUGGAAGUAGAUGGAUCUUUGGUAUGUAGUCAUCAAAACAAUUCAGUUUUAUGCCACUGAUAGAAAAGUUGGGCAAGUUAUUGUGUUUGGGGACAUGCUUUAAUCAAUUUGAAUUAAAAUUAAUCAAGACCUUAGUAAUAUGUAAGUGCACCAGUGUUUCCCAAACUUGGGUUUGCAGCUGUUGUUGGACUAUAACUCCCAUCAUCCCUAGCUAGCAGGACUAGUGCUCCGGAAUGAUGGGAACUGUAGUCCCAAAACAACUGCAGAUCCAAGUUUGGGAAACCUUGGUUCAGACAAUUAUUCCUCAUUUUAUAAACCAUUAGAAGAAAGGAUCCUGGCUAAUUUUCCUGGUUCAUUAACCAACACUAACGUAGAUUAAAAUGCUGAAACUAGGUCAGUACACGUUUUCAUAGUGGGAAAGAUCUCGUACCACUGCUAAGCUCCCAGCUCCUUUAAAGUCUCUUUCAGUGUUUGCCAGUGGAAUGUAAACAUCUACCCUAGUUAGGUCUAAUGCUAAACUAGCAAUCUGCUAAACAAAUCAAGACAAUCUAAAUUAAAACCUCUAAAGUCACAGGCUGCUUGGUAGGUUCAAUAGGAGUGAAUGUGUAAAACUGAUUUCUGACUGUUGGAUAUGCUGUAAAACAGCUGCUGUGUAAUGAAGCAGUGUCUUUAGCAGCCUCUUUUUGUAUUUAUUUUCAGACACAUCCAGAUAACUUCUGUGAGCUUGCUUUUACAGCAGCCAUAGAAUGGGCUGGGCUGGGCUGCCAUAGUGUGUUUUGCUUCAGGAAGCAAAUGUCUUAGCCCAGUACUGGCUGCACAAGCUAGAUGUCGUCUUCUAAUACCACAGGUCCCAGUGGAGUGUUAGCUCUGUGAGCUUAGAGGCCCAGAUUUAGGUUGACGCUUAUGCUAGAUUUGGAUUCUGAAUGCUUUACCAUCAGUUACCCCUUUUAUGACAUGAAUAAUAUCAAGACUGCUCUUGUCCCUAUGAUUUUAAGGAAAUCCUGCACAAGUUGUGCUCUACCAGGUUGAGUAGACCUCAUGUUUUGGGUGCCUGCCCGAGGCUGGAAAAACCAAGGGGUGGUUCACCACUGAAAGCCCGCAACUCAUGACUGGUGCAAUGUGUUGGUUUUAUGGGUAACACAUUGUGCUGGCCUGUUCUAGGGUGCAACAGUUUGCACGGUCGCUUUACUGUGGAAAAAGUCCUUCUUAGCUUCUCUCUCAGGGCAGUUAGUCACAGAACUGCUGAUGCCAUAUUAAUAUUGCCAGAUGCUCCAAAAAUUGCUGCGCUGGCUGGUGGUGAUGGGAAUUGUAGUCCAAAACAUCUGGAAGGCACCAGUUGGGAAAGGCUGUUGUAAAUGGUUGAACUUCAGCAAGGCCUUCUUUGGGGCUCAGUCCUAUUCCUGUAAUGCAGGGACAGUGAUAAUGUAUGUGUUCAUACAUCAUGCAUAGCCACUGCUUCCACCUUCUGUUGCACUGUGUCACCCACUUCUGGAAGGGGGCCACCCACCCACACGCAGGAGGAAUCCAGAGGAUGGAAGAGGAGGAGAUAUAUACACACUAUGAGCAGACAUCUGUCCUCCCUGCUGCCUCGCUACCCCCCCCAUCCCUACUCCACCACCCUCCAUUACAGAUUUUGACCCAUCUUCUCUUUCUCAUAGAACCCAGUAGUCCUCAUUGACCUGUAACGAAAAAUGAAUGAGGCUGCAGUAGGAAGAUGUUUGAUGGGGUGGACAACCUGUCUUGAUUAUCUGACACUGGUAUCAGUUAUCACUUACCUGGGAUUUGGGAGGGGGUGAAGAGACACAUAUUUCCACAGCAUCAGCUGUGUUUUUGUUUGGAUAAAAGUUGAGGGGCAGUCAGAAACAGAAACUGAGGUAGGGGAGAAACAAGUCUCAUAGAUAUAAUCGGACCAAAAGUUAGCUGCAGCUGACACUGCAGCUUCUUUCCCCUCCCCUCUGAUAGAUGUCAGUGGCUGCCGUCAAUCGCCAUGGGAGACAUUGACAGAGCAGCAGCUGGGAAGGUUGGGGUAGCGGAGAGGUGAGGGGCAAAACCUGCCCCCUUUUAGAAAUAGAUGACCUCAGAAACAGCUAUUUGCUGUAGAAUAUCCUGCUGAACUAUAUAGAUUACCAAUGCUUAGUAGCACCCAGUCCUAGAAUAGUCAUUAUUAUUCCACAAAUAUGGCUUCUAGCACACAAUCCUGAAAACUUCAUUUUGAAGAAUAAACGAAGCUUCUAGCCCAUUUACCUGCAAAUCGGGAAAUACUCUAAACCUAUUACUGUGUUAACAAUCUGUGCUAGACAGAGUGUUGUAGGACUUUUGAAUAGCCAGGUGUGAGACCUCUGCAUUUAUUCACCUGUCUCUUGGCAAGGUCCUGGCCCGCCUCCCUCCACUAUCCUUUCCUUCCUUUUGCAAUGAUCCCACAUUCUGCAACCCCUGAAUAUUAUCCAAUUAGAAUAAUCAGGUUUCCUAACUGGCAGGGUUUAUUCCGGGCACAGAAUUUUGAGAUUUUUAGGCACAGCCUUUUGGCUUUGUAUGCCAUCUGUUUCCUAGCAGGACAGCUGGGCCCUUUGAGUGAAGAGUGGCCUCUUCCUUUGUGCAUUGUGCCUGUCGCCUCCUGCUCUCAUAUCCCCCAUGACUGUGGGGUGGGGUGAGGGUGUGUGUGUGUUGCUGGGUCCAGACACUGAGGAGCUAUUUCAGGAGUGUGACUCUAAUUUUAGGAAGAUGGGGUGGGGGAGUUCAGCCAGAGUCCGUCCAGACAGCUCAAGAGGCCAGGGAUUAGGCAGGAUUGUUCAUCCAAGGAAUCCUGUCUUCAGGCAUGUUGGUAGACGGAUUCCCAGCCUGUCGCUCCUGGGAGAAAGAAUCCACCUACUUCCUGUAGCUGCCAAGUUGGCUCUCAAGGCUCUUCUCUACAUAAAGGUAAAGGUACCCUUGACCGUUAGGUCCAGUCACGGACAACUCUGGGGUUGCGGUGCUCAUCUCGCUCUAUAUGCCAAGGGAGCCGGCAUUUGUCUGCAGACAGCUUCCGGGUCAUGUGGCCAGCAUGACUAAGCCACUUCUGGCGAACCAAAGCAGUGCACGGAAAUGCUGUUUACCUUUCCGCUGGAGCGGUACCUAUUUAUCUACUUGCACUUUGACGUGCUUUUGAACUGCUAGGUAGGCAGGAGCUGGGACCGAACAAUGGGAACUCACUCCGUCGCGGAGAUUCGAACUGCCGAUCGGCAAGCCCUAGGCUCUGUGGUUUAGACCACAGCGCCACCCGCAUCCUUCUUCUCUACAUAGGUUUCUUUAAACAUAUGCAUUCAUUUUAGCAGGAGGAAGUUACUAUUAAAUGAUGGUUUAGUACUUUUAGGAAGUACUUGAUGCAGGGGAAAUGGUUGCAGCAGCACCGGCAACAAUUAAAGAACAUCAAAUAUUCAGUGGGCUAUCCUUGCAUCUCUGUUUUAGUGUCAGUAAACUGUUAGGGACGUGGAUGGUGCUGUGUCUAAACCACUGAGCCUCUUGGGCUUGCCAGUUGAAAGGUCAGCGGUUCAAAUCCCCGCGACGGUGUGAGCUCCCGUUGCUCUGUCCCAGCUCCUGCAAACCUAGCAAUUCGAAAGCACACCAGUGCAAGUAGAUAAAUAGGUACCACUUUGGUGGGAAGGUAAAUGGCAUUUCUGUGCACUCUGGCUUCUGUCACGGUGUCCCGUUGUGCCAGAAGUGGUUUAGUCGUGUUGGCUGCAUGACCCGGAAAGCUGUCUGUGGAUAAAUGCCGGCUCCCUUGGCCUGAAAGCAAGAUGAGUCCCGCAACCCCGUAGUCGCCUUUGACUGGACUUAAUUAUCCAGGGGUGCUUUACUUUUUUUACCUUAGGGUGUCCCCUCCCCAUCUUUUGUAGCUUUGUUUGUUAGUAUUAUUAUUUUUAGCCUCCAAAGCUGAUUUUUAGUCUUCCUCUGAAGCCACUUUUUGCAGGUGCCUCUGUAAGUGCUGUGGUUUGUCCUUUAUCCCUGCAGUUAGAAGUUAGAUCUUGGCUCCCAUCCCAGCUGCACAACCUCAGAGUGACAUCCUUAUUUCUUAUAGUGUCACUAAACAGAUGUACCUAACUAGACCAAUAGGCUGCUUUGUUAUAUUGCAAUACUUUGAACCUACCCUUCAAAAUGGAAGAAUAUUUUUAUCUGCCUAGGCUAGCUUACCUUCAGCUUGUUUUCUCCUUUCAGCUGGUGUCUGCUGAGGGGUCUCAUUCGGACGCCGGGUCUGUCUGCGCCGACAAUCAGCCAGAGCUGCCACCCUCCAUUGAGCGUACUGGAGGGAUAGGAGACUCCAGGCCUCCUUCUUUUCAGUAAGUUGUGUGGCUGUGUAUGUGUAUAAGGAGCAGCCUUACCUUGAGCAGGGAGAAGGUUGAGCAGUUUCUUUGCAGGAAGCGUGUUCAAGGUUCCAUUCUCUUCUGACGAAAGGGAAGCUUAGUCUCUGCCUGUUUCAAGUGGCAGGGAUAAAAGUUAACACUAGAGAGACCCAAUUCCUGAGCAUGGUGGCCUCAUGACCAGCCUUGUGCCUGGAGUGCUCUCAGCAUGGGAUCCGCAAAGGAAACUGAGACCACUGUUGAACCUACUGGGCUUCUUUCCUCUUUUAACACUUAAACUUGACGCAGUGGCUUAUGGACACUGCUCUGGCACCCACCCCUGCUGUAUGUAGGAAUGUCAGACAUAUACAAAGAAGAGUGUGCAUUUGGUUUUUAAAAAAAGAAAGCACAGGGAAUGCCAAAUAUUCAGGCCCCCAUCCUGCCGCCUGACAUGGUACAGUCCAGAAAGGAUUGCACAGCACACCUUUUGCAUGUUUUAAGUUCUGCCCUCAGUCUUUUCUUUUAAGCCUCACACUUCUGUGAGCAAAUUUGAAGGAGGUGCUUCUGCGCAGUUUUCUACUAUGUGUGUGUGUUCGUUUGUUUUUUACUCUGCAGUCCCAAUACUGGAGGAAGUCGAGAGAACCUGGAUAAUGAGACGGAGACUGACUCAGUGGUAUCGAUUCAGAGGGAAAGGCCGCGCAGGAAAGAUGGACCUGAACAUGGUGAAGUUUAUUUCCUAGAGUUCAACUGGCUAUAGUAGUAGUCCCUACCCCACCUCUAAGUCUGCUCUGCAGGCUGUGCCCUUGACUCUGCUGCUGUGUGCAUGGGUCAGGUUCGUCCCCAUCCCCGGGGCCUUGGGAGGUCCACCUUCUCUGCCGCCAUCCCAAGCCAACAAUUUUUGAAAUUCCCUUGCAAUUCAGGGCCCCAGCAGCCCUGUACCCACUCAGGGCCUGGCUCCUCCAUGGACCCAGCUGCCCAUCUGACCAAAUGGGCAGACUUUAAAACAGAGAAGAAAAAAUGAUCUGACAAGUUGUGGAGAGAGGGACCCUGCUCAAAGAUUGCUUGGGACUCAGGAAGACCUUCCCCUUCCCAUACUGCUCCUUCUCACAGAGUGAAAACUGGGUUCAGAUUUUUAGUUUUCUGCCAAUGGAAAGAGUUUGCCAACGAGGGCUGCUAUGUUGAUAUAACCCUUUCCCACUCAACCCUGCCAACCUCCUUCAGGGUUGUUGUUCUGUAGGAUUGCCUAGUUUGCACAGUGUGUUAUGAAGGCACCAUUAUUUGUAGGCCCCCCUAUAUUUUUGCUUCCCCAUUGCUAGAAAGGCAACUGGUGAUCCUUUCCCAGGUGGGAUUAUAUAUUUGUUUGGCUCUUUGAAGGCCUUCUCUUCUGAAUUGCUCCCCAUGGCCGUUGACCCUCUCCUCCUUUUACUCCAGCCCCCAGGGUGAAUGGGACAGCCAAGGCAGAACGGCGGCGGGAACUAGGGGGCUAUGAAAGCUCCUCCACCCUCAUGAGCAGUGAACUCGAAACCACCAGCUUCUUUGACUCAGAUGAAGAUGAUUCUACAAGCAGGUAAAGGGAUAUUCAUGGCUUGGGCCAAAAUGACCUGCUAUGACUGGAGUCUGGUGAAGGAUCCCAAAUAAAAACUCCUCAGUUCCUCUUUCCAAUCUAAUGCUUCUCCCUUGACUCGCCCCAGUCAUUUCUUCCUCCAGAUUCUAGUCUCCCUGGAACAGUUGCGGAAGCAAAGAACUGAUUUGAGUUCCAGAGAUUUGGCCUUUCUUCACAUUGUGGCAGUCAGCCAGGGUUUGCAAAAGUGUGUGGACUUGCCAGGGACCUGACCCUGACUCUCUUGACUGUACAUGUAGGAGACACUUUGUUCAACUGUGCUUGUCUUAUUUGCACACAGUGCAGUAUUUACCUGUGUAUCGUUUUUCUUCUAAAGAAGAACCAUAGCUUCAGUAUUAGCCUGGAGUUUGGUAGACUGCGUGCAGGAUAUCUUUCAUCUUCCAAUUGCUCACAUUGCCAAGCUGGUUUAGGCAGUUUUCCCUCUGUCCUGAACAUUGCUCUGCCACAGUUAGGAACAGCUGCAACCAGAAACAGACUGUUGAGUGAUGUGAACACCUCCCCUGCCCCCAAAAUACUCUGUAGGUAUGUUUUGUUCACCACCGGCUUUUGUUAGAAAGUUGCCCACCAAACAUGUUCAAAGGAGGACAGUGUGUAUUCCAGUUCCUCCCCAGUUCCCUUAACACCAGGAAUGGGAUACCUAUGAUCCAGAUGUUGUUGGGACUCCCAACGCCCACCUGCUCCAGUCAGUGGUCAGGGAAGAUGGGAGUUGUAGUCCAACAACACAGGCUCCCCCUCCCUGCUUUAUGCAAGAAGCAAUAAAUGAAACUUUUUAAUGGUUCUCCAGGUUCCCCACGGAGUCAUAUUUCUCCCACAGUGUAAAUCAGUCUUUGCCGAACUGGUGGCCCCCAGAUGUUUUGAACGACAACUUCCAUCAGCCACGGCUGUGCUUGUAGAGGCUGAUGAGAAUUGUGGUCCAAAUCUGAAGGGCAACAUGUUGGCAAAGCCUGGUACGGAGUGCCUCUGCAGCAUGUGGCCUAGCCUGUUCUAAUCUCUUGGAACACAUUUUUGUGAUGUAUCUGUUCAUUUGCUGCUUUGUUUUUGUGUGUGCUUGGGGACAAGAAAUGGAUGGAAGAGGAGGUCCUCUCUUGUGCAAGGGAUUGGCCAAGGUGGCUCCCUGACAUCUUCUAAUUAUGUUCCUAGUUACCCAGAGGGGUUGGGGUUUUUUUUUUUUUGCCUCCUUGCUCCCUUUUUCUGUGGUUUUCCUGGUGGCCAGCUUGUGAGCCUUGCCUUUGCCUCCAUACUGUAGGUUCAGCAGCUCAACAGAGCAGAGUAGCGCCUCCCGGCUGAUGAGAAGGCACAAGCGACGCAGGCGGAAGCAGAAAGUACCGCGCAUUGAACGGGUGAGAUGCCUGGGAGGGUGUCUGGGAGUGGCGGGAGUGCUGCAAGUGACCUCACGAGUGGUUGGGCACAAUUUAAAAAUUAAGGGGAAAAGGGAGAGAACCUCUGAGGGCAUUGUUACCCCACCCUCUCCACAGGUCUUGUAAGUGGCAUGUAGGUUAUGUUUUGGGUCUCAUCCUCUUCCUUUCUGUUGUAGUCCUCAUCCUUCAGCAGCAUCACAGAUUCUACCAUGUCGUUGAACAUUAUCACAGUUACCCUCAACAUGGGUGAGUACAGGUAGUUGCUUGAAGCCAUUUGGCCCACAUAACCCAGACUAGGAUGGCGGGAAGGAAGUGGGCAAACGGAUAUUUUGCAUCUCAGGCCUGAUUGCUGAAGAGCAAACUACAGUCGUACUUUGGAUCCCAAACACAGAACGUUUUGGCUCCUGAAUGCUGCAAACCCGGAAGUGAGUGUUCCAGUUUGCGAACGUUCUUUGGAACCCGAACACGGCUGACACGGCUUCCAAUUGGCCGCAGGAGCUUCCUGUAACCAAUUGGAAGCUGCACCUUGGUUUCUGAACAUUUUGGAAGUCUAAUAGACUUCUGGAACGGAUCUCAUUUGACUUCCGAGGUACCACUGUGCUGGAUUUCUUCUACCAUAGACAAAAUGUUAUUUCAUAAUGUAAUGUUAAAUGGCCUGUGCCAUUUAUUUAUUUUUUACUAAGUGCUACAUGUUUAUAUCAUUUUCCAUUUGUCCACAGUCUCUAGUAUGUGCUACCACACAGGUAAUGCCUAUCUCUGUGUGUUCCCCUCCUUUUCCCCCCUUUUUCUUUUUUUUUUUUUAAAAAGCAGUUUCCUUUUUUGCUUACCAAUAAAACAAGAUGAUUUAGAUUUGGUCAUCCAAUCCCCCCCCCAACAUUUUCAGCCUGUCUCUGUUGUCUAAAAAUACCUCAACACUACAAACAACACAAGCAACACGAUGACCAGUAUACUAGAUAGCACUGCAAUUCUUAUUGCAUAAUAUACAUAAUUUGGUACAACAAAAACAAAAUAGUGUUUUUGUUUUUUGGUUUUGGUUUUGUUGUACCAAAUUAUGUAUAUUAUGCAAUAAGAAUUGCAGUGCUAGCUAGUAUACUGGUCAUUGUGUUGCUUGUGUUGUUUGUAGUGUUAAGUUUGCAACACAGGGGUUUGUUGUUCUGUCUAAAAAUACCUAACAGGCAUUCCUUGUAGCUAGUUAAUGGCCUGACUAGAUUAAUGAAAUGCUGGCCAUUGGUUGUGUGCUGUUCUAACUGCACAGAUAUCUCCCCUUCAGGUCCCUUCCAACUCUAUGAUUCUAUGUUUGUACAGAGAAGUACAACUUCCUGGGCAUCUCCAUCGUCGGGCAGAGCAACGAGCGUGGUGACGGCGGCAUCUACAUUGGCUCCAUCAUGAAGGGAGGGGCUGUGGCAGCCGAUGGAAGAAUUGAGCCCGGAGACAUGCUGCUGCAGGUGCUUUUUAAUUUUUAAAAAACUUUGAGGGCCAAAUGUCCAAGAGGCCUUGGUUUCAUGCUAUACUCACAAUACGCGAAGCUCAAUGUGAUGCGACGCGCAAAGGGCUGGGGAGGAGCAAAGCAGCUGCAGGUUUCUGUCCAGGAGCCCACACAGUUGAACAGUGAGCCUAGGGUUUGGCUGAGCAUGAAGUGAGAACCAGGCCUCUUUCUACAGAAUCUGUUAUCCUGUGAUCACGACAGAGAUUUCAGUUAUGGCUCAGUUGGCAGAGCAUGAGACUCUUAAUCUCAGGGUUGUGGGUUCGAGUCACAUGUUGGGCAAAAGGAGGCUGGGCUUAGAUGAUCCUCCUGGUCCCUUGCAACUCUACAAUUUUGUGAUUCUAUACCAGAGAGUGUACUUGCUAUCUGUGGAAGGUGGAGUUCACAUUUCUGUAGAGAAGCACAGCGACCCAGGACAGAGAUAAAAUCAGGAUGGCUGAUUUAGAAUGUCUUGUUUGUGUAAAUGAUGUGGUUCUUAUCUCAAGGGAACCCUGGGGCCAUGAUAAACCCUCUGGGCUGUGUACCUAAGGCUUUGAAAGUUUAAAACCUGCCUGUUACUAGGCAAGAACCGUCAGAUCUAGGAAAGAGGCCAUAGGAGGGGGGCAGAGCACACACUUUGCAUGUACAAGCCCAAAGCUCAGUCCAUAGCAUUUGUUUAAAACCUCUUUAGUCAGCCCUUCACUGACAAGGAACCCCAGGGCAGAGAACAACAAAGCAAUUAGUAUUCCGCAGUACAAACACUAGAGCCGAUAAUACAUCAACGCAACCAUACCCCACAAAUGCUUGGGUGAAAAAUAGGUCUUCAGGUGGUGGCAGAAACUGCUAGGUGAUUUCUGUUUCAGAUAGAGAGUUUUCUAUCGCAGAGGAAUUGGCACCAGGGGACCACCACUGAGAUAACUGCAUAGCAGAUCUCAAAUGCCUGCAGCACAGCCGGGAAAGUCUGCCCUGCUGAUCUUAAUGCAGAGGCAGUUUCAUAUAUAUGAGCAGAUUUUUUCAAGUAUUUAGGCCCCAUGUUCUGUAGGGCUUCAUAAAUCACCCCUAGCCCCUUGAAUUUUGCCCAAACAGCAUAUUCUGAGCAAAUGGAAAUCUUUCAGGGUAGACGUUCCAUGCCCCCAAUGGGUUAAGCCACUUAGAAGCCUAGCUGUCACAUUCUGCACUCGCUGCAGCUUCUGGAUCUUCAUCAAGGGUAGCGCCCCCCCCCCCCCAGCACAUUAUAAUAGUCCAGCCGGGAAGUCACCACUUCAUUGGUCACUGUAAUCAGGCACUCCGUGUCCAGGAACUGCUUUACCUGAUGAACCAGCCAUAGCUGACAGAAGGUGCUCCAUGCUAGCCAUCUCAUUGUCCAAGGAAAGGGCAACCCCACUUGGAACAGGCCAGCAAUCUACUUCUCAGAUCUGAUAACAGCCCAUGCACAGCGCCUCUGUCUAGUUUGGUUUCAGUUUUGUGACCCUCCUCCAGUCCACCACUGUGUUUAGGCAUUGUUCCAAGAUGUGUCCAGCCUCACCUGAUUCAGAUGGGAAGGAGAAACAUGGCUGGGUGCCACUUUGCUCCGUGAUGCUAAAUAGCAUGAGGGAUACAAUGGAACCUUGCAAAUCCCCGCAGCACAAAGUGUGCCACAAGGUUGAGCAAUAGCUCCCUUCUGAAACUGGCCCUGCAGGUAGUAGUGGAACCCCCAGAUCACUGUAGGCUUCCUAACCCACGGAGCUGGUCCAGGAAGAUGCCUUGGUCAAUGGCAUCUAAAGCCACCAAGAGAUCAGGAGAAGCAACAGUCACACUCCUGCUGUCGUGCUCCUGAUACAGGUCCUCAGUCAGGGGAGCCAAGGCUGUUUCAGCCUGAAGUACAGGACUGAACCCAGACUGGAAAGGGUCAAGGCAAUCAGUUUCUUAGAAGACUAUCUGAUGUGGAGCAGCCACUGCCCUCUCCAGCACAUCUCUACCUAGAAAAGGUGGUAGGGCUGGGAAAUACUUCUACCUGAUGGCGACCAGAUUGAUCCAUCUAUCCCAGGGGUCAGCAGACUUACUGCACCUCGGGCUGGUGUCUCCAGCGCCAAUCGUGCAGUGGGCUGGAGGGCGGGGGAGCGCGUGCCCAUACGUGUGUGCACACACGCUAUUUCCGGCGCACUUCCGGGUCAGAGGAGCAUUGUAAAUAGCUUGUGCACAUGUGCACGGGCCUCCUCUGACCUGGAUGUGCACUGGAAAUAACUUGCACAUGCGCAAAUAACGCACAUGUGCACAAACUAUUUCCAGUGCUUCGGAAGUGGGCAGCCGCGCAGCGCAGUGCCGGUAAGAGCGGGCGGCAGCAGUGGGGGUCGCUGUGGGCUGGAUAAAUGAGUCCCUUGGGCCUUAUCCAGCCCGCAGGCCUUAGUUUGGGGAUCCCUGAUCUAUCCCAGUACUGCUGUUGGGCAUCUCCACAUGUUCAUUUAAGAUCCAUACACUUUUGUGGGGCUCUUACAUUUUCAUCUUUCUGUGCAGGUGAAUGACAUCAAUUUUGAAAACAUGAGCAACGACGACGCUGUGCGAGUGCUGAGGGAGAUUGUGCACAAGCCAGGGUAGGUAGCCUUUUCUCCCCCUGCAGCUCCAAGGCAGCUCACUCUCUAAACCUACAACUGUUCUUGGGAGUGUGGGCUUGGUGGCGUCUGGUAAUGCAGGGCUGGCGCUCAGUUUCUAGCAGUGCCCCCUGGUGCCCUGCAGAAGAUCCAUGGCCAUCUUGGACUGCUGACUGUUCCAAGUGAGCCUAGAGGACAGUUAAGUCCCGCAGAUCAGUAAAAAUAAAAAUUUUCAAGGAAAGAUAGCCCAAGGCUUACAGGUUCAUUGUGUGUGAGCAAAAGACAGAUAGUGGCACCAGCCUUCAUCUAUUCUAGUUGCUGCAUUUGGGUUUGGUGGCAGUGGAAUUCUGUUUAGGCAAAAGGACAGCCUUUCUGGCCCCUGACACUUUGUUUUCCCCUUUCUAUUAUAUUAUGUUAUUUACUUUGAUAUAGCAGAAAGAGGAAAACAAAGUGUCAGGGGGCCAGUGUUCAAAGCAAGCGAGAGCUUCUCACAUGUUUCCCUGUCUUGUUCCAUCAUAAUACCCCAGUACUGAGCUUUAGGGAUGUAAAACUCACCCACUCAGUUUAUAGGGGAAGAUUUAUUCUUGUUUCUUCUGCAUGUCUAGAUGUGUGUAUGUGGGUGGCUUUUCUGCGAACUGAGCUGACCAGAUCUGGUAGCAGUGACAGCCAUUAUGUUUCUCUUCCAGGCCCAUCACUCUGACUGUUGCCAAGUGCUGGGAUCCCAGCCCCAGGGGCUGCUUCUCACUACCCAGGAGUAAGUGGUUUUUGCUUCAUUUCUUGGUUUGCUUAGUAGUGUGCAUGAGGACUGGUGUUCUAUAGAACCAACAGUUAAUAACGUGCCCCACCCCAAUAUUGCCUUGUUGCAGUAUGCAAGUGGCCAAGGGAGUUGCAUGUUUGAAUGCUCCUUUACUGGGACGGAGUGGGGGCUCCUUGUACCCAGAAAAACAGCGUAUGGGAGAGAAAGCUAGGCCCUUCACCCUGCUAGUUUUUCUACACACAGGGAGAUUUUACAUACAUGAGACCCAGUGUGGUCUAGCGGUUAGAGUGCUGGACUGGGAUUUGGGGGGCCGGGGUUCAAAUCCCCACUCAGCCAUGAAGCACCCUGGGAGACCUGGGGUGCCAGUCUCAGCCUAACUUACAGCACAUGGUUGUUGGGAGGGCAAAACGGGGUGGAGGGGGGGAGAAGCAUGUUUUGCCACCUUGAGUACCUUGGAGAAAGGUGGCAUAAAAAUGUAACAACAAAUAAAUAUUUUGUAGGCGUGAUCCCUCACCUGCAUCAAUAAUAAUAAUAAUGAUGAUGAUGCUGAUGAUGUAUUACUUAUACACAACCUAUCUGGCUAUCUUGGAAACACCUGACUGCUUCUUUCUGUUGAAUGUAUAAAUCGGCCCUAAGGGUGCGAUGGAGGUUUCAAACCCUUUUUUUCUGGCCCUCUGUGCUGCGCUCUCUCUAUCUGCCUGUCUCCUGCCCCUCUCCAUCACCCCAUGCCUAAUCAGUCCCCUAUUCCACAUCACACCCAAGACAAGCUACCAAGUUAGCAGGCCAAUUCCCUGCAUGCAGCCCAUGCCCCGCAUACCCCCCCGUGCCCCCCUGCCCCAUGCCUGCCUCCGCCUAGGGGGAGCUCCCUCCCCGCACCCCUCAUGUUGAUCCUCCCUCUCUUCUUUCUCCCCCAGUUGCUCCCCAGCGGAUCUGGGCUGGGCCAGACUCUCCAUGCUCCGAUCCGGGUGAGUCCCGGCUGAUGCUGGGGGAGGACAGGGCUUGCUCAGAGGUGGCAGGUUUGGCGAGAGGGGAUGACUCUUGAGGAGGGGCCUCCUCACGUUCCCUGUGUGUUCCCUUUAGGUGAGCCCAUCAGGCCCAUUGACCCAGCAGCCUGGGUUUCCCACACCGCAGCGAUGACCGGCACCUACCCAGCGUACGGUAUGAGCCCAUCCAUGAGCACAAUCACUUCCACCAGCUCCUCCAUCACCAGCUCCAUCCCAGAAACCGAACGUAAGUCCUCGUGCCUGUGUGUCCCCCACCCCUGCUCGGCUUCUGGUCACCUGCACGCCGUAACCUGAUAGGAGCAAUACAUGCACAGGGGCAAAACCCAGAUUUGAGGCCUGGAAAGAGGAUGGUUUCCCUCAAUAGAUCUUGAGCUGCAUGGAAAGAGGUGUUUGCUCCAUCUUUUGCUAAAGCAACAGGGAUGCUUUUAGAAGCUAAAUAUUUUAAACCAAAGAUUGGAGGAUGAGCAGGAUGAGGGACCUGUGUGAGGCUAGGUGAAACAGAAGGCCACAGAUUUCUUCACUUAGUUGCUUCUUCUAGGAUAAUGAGCAGUUCCGGUUUGUUUGUGUUUGGUGGGAGAAUCAAGAGGGUUGCAAAAAGGAGGGAGGAGAACCCUGACAACUUUACAGGGCCAUCUAUUUUUAUUUAUUGUAUGUAUUGGUAGCAUUUUUACAUCCAUGCCUCAAAGCGACUUACACGUUGAAAAUAAAAAUAACAAAAGACAUCACAUAAACAAGUAGCAGUGUGCAGUGAUUUUUCUGGUGGAGCAAUAUCCUUCUCAGUGAAGCAGCAUUGACUGAAUUGCUUGAGAUAAAUGUUUGGGGCUUAAACACUGCAGAGUCCCUUGUAAAUGGAUUGAAGUUAAGCAGUCGCUUGCUGAAAACCCUGAACAGUCCCAGAACAACUUCAGGGAACAUGGGUUAUUCAGGUGGACGCAGUGCUGGCUUCCUGUUAGGCAAAUGGUGAGGAAGUUGGAAGAUGUGAUGCUGAGCACAGGAGAACUUACCCUCUCUUCCAAAAGGGAGCUCAAGAGAGGAAAGGUGGAUGUGUUAGGAAAUGUGCAGCAAAGAGGUGCGUUUGGGACAGCUGCCUCAUAGCGCUGGCCUCUGAGUGGGUUUUGGCCAGAGGCUAUGAAGUUGGCCCGUUGAAAAGACUGGCAAGACCUGGUGCUGCAGCGUUACUGAAACUAAGCAGAUGUGUACAGAUCAGGUGUUUAAGCUGCUCUGAGCUUUCUAAAAAAAGCUGUUGUUGAAGGAUAAAACAGUCUGGGUAGUAAUGGAGGUUGCGUGCCGGGGACUGGCAGGGCUCUGCAGAGCAGAUGGAAGGUGUAGUGGGCCAGAAGCUGACCUGGGGGAAGAGGGUCAUGAUUUAUGGGGUUUUGUGCCUCCUGCGAGGCAGCAGCCAGAGAUGGGGGAGGAAGGACAGGAUGUGCUAGGAGAGGAGGGAGAUGCGGUGUCUGAAUACCCUCCCCACUGUUCCCCAGGACUAGGAGCAGCUUGAAGAGGCAGGCACAGCUACAACUUCCGUGUCGAAGGACUCACAGGCUGUCAGAUGAGGGUACUUAAGUUUGGGGCGGCCACCCAUUGCGCCAGCAGUCCAGCUCGGAGCAUAAGCCCGGAGAGGUGCUCUGGCUGCCUAGUCACCAGAAGUGUGUGUGUGUGUGUGUUUAGUGCACCUCUGGGGCAACUGUAAAUUUGUGCUUUGUCAGUAAGGGAUUAAACCACUGGCCAUUUGUCCUGCUUGGGCUGGGUGUGCUCAGGGCGUUGUGGUUAGACUGCAGUUGACUGUUUCUAGGAAAAAGGCAAAGAGCAGCCCAUUAUGAGGCCUGCUGCUCUCUUUUUUUGCACCUUCAGUGGUUCUUAGCGGGAAUCCUGACCCCCUAAGGAUUGCAGAAGCUUAGGAUUGCAGAAGCUUAGGGUGUGCCUGUGAUGUAUUGUUCCCUUGCCCUACCCUCCUGUGUGUGGCACCUUCAUGUGCUCCUCUGCCUUUCCAUCCCCUCUCAUCUCUGCCUCCCUUCCCUCCGUCCGACCCGCAGGUCUCGAUGACUUUCACCUGUCCAUCCACAGCGACAUGGCCACGAUUGUCAAAGCCAUGGCUUCGCCAGAGUCGGGCUUGGAGGUGCGCGACCGCAUGUGGCUGAAGAUCACCAUCCCCAAUGCCUUCAUUGGUAAGACGCAGGCCUUCCAUAGGGCAAAUGGGUGAAGGGCCACGGGAGAACCACUUGCUCUUUGCCUCUCCCAAGCAGAUAACGGUCUCAAGCCCCUAUUUGAGAUAAGCGAUGGGAGCUUCAUAAGGAGGACAGGUUAGAUGUGUAUCAGAGGGAAAACAUACUAACCUGUUUGCAAGAGAAGUGUCUCUAAAAACAGGAUUAUACAUGGCAUCUGCUGCAGAAUUGGAUUCCUUAGAGUCUCAGCUUUCACUCUCUAGCCCUCAAGAUCAGCAGAACAAAGAGGAUACUUAGCAUUUACACAGUGCACUUAAGUGUUUUAUGUGUCCUGUAAGAUGGGUCUUACUAUGCCUGUUUCAGAAGUGGGGCUGGGGUGUCCUUGAGGCUUAGAGCAUAAUAGCUUGCCUGAAUUGAGUUCAGGGGUGAGAAUUGAGUUCAGGGGUGAGUUCAGGGGUCAGAAACUUCUGGUUCACAACCUUCAUUCUAAGCCACUGUGUUGCACCAGAUCGAGCACAGAGGUUGGCAAGAUGUUAUUGAGCACGUCAGGAGGAGCAUCUAGGUACAUUGUGACUCCAUCAUGACUUCUGAACAUCAUCUUCUUUAUAGCCCAGUAAGCUGCACUAAGGCAGCAAAAGAAGGGUGGAGCCAGCUUCCCUCCAAGCACCUUCCUCUCCUCAGAGCAGAACAGGGUGCUGUCUGCUUCCAUCCUUGCUGAGUCCUCUUUGCUGCUGUCUCUUGGCAGGAUCCGAUGUGGUAGAUUGGCUCUACCACCAUGUAGAAGGCUUCACAGACAGGCGAGAAUCCCGCAAGUAUGCCAGCAACCUCCUGAAGGCCGGUUACAUCCGGCACACUGUCAACAAGAUCACGUUCUCGGAGCAGUGCUACUACAUCUUUGGCGACCUCUGCGGCAGUAAGACUCCUUCUUUGCACUGUGCAGGGGGUUGGGGAGCAAGAACAGGUAGUGGGUGGUUCUGGCAGGCUCUCAACGUGGCCAUCUGUUUCCUGGGAGAGCAGAAGUAGGAGAGCCCUCAAAGCAAGUCCAUGUGGCUUUACAGAAUCAUAGAAUUGUAGAGUUGGAAGGGAACCCGAGCUCCUCUAGCCCAGCCCGCUACAAUGCAGGAAUCACAGCUGAAGAAUCCACAACAGAUAGUCACCCAAACUCUGCUUUAAAAUCUGCAGUGAAGGAGAGUCCACCACCUCCCGAGGGAGUCUGCUCCACUGUCAAAACAGCUCUUAUCAUCAGAAAGUUCUUCCUAAAGUUCAGUUGGAGUCUCCUUUAUUGCUGAACCUGACAUUGUCCUUUCCCUUUUGUCCUGUAUUUUGGAGUCAGACUAGUCACCUCCUCUGUGGGGAUCUUUAGCUUUCAAUCAAAAACUCCCCACCAGGAGAUAAGCAUCCUUCCAUGCCGCUCUUUCCCUCUUUGCACUACAACCUGAAUUUCAUAGGUAAGAAAUGAGGAUAAGCUCACUUAUGCCCUUGCUCCUGGUGUAACCUUUGCCCUUUCUCUGUCCCUAUUUCACAGACAUGGCCAGCCUGUCCUUGCAUGACCACGAUGGGUCCAGCGGCACCUCCGAUCAGGACACCUUGGCUCCUUUGCCUCACCCAGGAGCUGCCCCAUGGCCCAUGGCCUUCCCCUACCAGUACCCGCCACCCCAUCCAUACAACCCCCACCCUGGAUUUCCUGACCCAGGCUACAGCUAUGGAGGCGGAAGCGCGGGCAGCCAGCACAGCGAAGGUAAAUGUGAGCCGUGUGGGACAUGGGCGGAAUUCCUCCCAUGCCAUAAAGAUCGUAUCACAUGCAAGCACUUGGCUUGUUAAGUCUGAACAGCUGGGCUUCCUCUUGAGGCGCAACCUCGCUUCUGCCCAGAGAUAAAUGGGCCAAGUGGGUUGGGGAGGGGGGAUUCGUUCCUUUGGAUUGCAGGUGUUUGUUAGGGUCAAGUUCUUGUGAGUGUCCCAGAGCCUGAAUUUGCUCAGUUGUGGACCUCUUUUGGCAUCUCUUUGUCAAAGUCAGGAGGUUUAGUGGCUGAUCACAAGGUUGUGAGAUCUGCUUAGAGACCCUGUGGUUCCCAACGUGGGGCACAUGCCCCACGGGGGGUGGGGUUGAUUUUUAAGGGGGGCAAUUUGGGAAUGAGUUAUUAACAGUGAAUGGCCUUUUAGGCUUCCUCCACAUUAAUAGGAGUUCACUUUUUGAAUAAUAAGAAUAUAUGUCACGGCGGGGUGUGUGUGUGUGACAUCAGGAUUUUAGAGAUGCUUAGGUGGGGCAUGGCCAAAAAAAAGGUUAGGAACCACUGGCUUAGACCUUUGGGGGCGGGGGGAUUUCAUUUAGGGCAGAGAGAUCUGCUGAAAAUAUUAAGAGCCUUCUCUGUAGCAGCACCCAAAUGAUACCCAAAGGGCCUUCUCGGUAGUGGUGCCUGCAGUUUGGAACGCCCUCCCAUCAGAUGUCAAGGAAAUAAACAACUAUCUGACUUUUAGAAGACAUCUGAAGGAAGCCCUGUUUAGAGAAGUUUUAAAUGUUUGAUGUUUUAUCGCUUUAUUAUUAUUAUUAUUAUUAUUAUUAUUAUAUCCUGGGAGAUCUGUUUGGCUCUUGCCCUGGCCGUGUUUUAACGCUGCCUGGUGGGCGUUCUUUAUUUCUGAAGGCAGCUGUUUAUAGGGAAGUUUUGUAAUGUUUGAUGUCCUACUGUGUUUUCAUUUACUGGAGGAUGUCCAUAGCCUUUUGUUAUACGAUUGCCACUUUCCUUCUACUGGAGAUCAUAUAACAACAACAACAACAACAAAAUUAGUAUAACACCGCUUUGCUUCCUGCUCUCUCUCCCCCCCCCCCCCAAUUUGCCUGGCUUCCCACUUUUGUGCUGCACUUCCAUGGACUUUGGGUCCAAUCCAGCAAAGUGACAGUUGAAGGCUCAUGUGAGGUUAUUCCUACCUAUUCUGAUGGGCCUGACCCAAAUAUUCUCUUGUCCCCCCCCCCCCAUUUCUUGUGCAGGAAGCCGGAGCAGCGGCUCCAACCGCAGCGGCAGCGAGAGGAGGAAGGAGCGAGAGCCCAAGGCCGGGGAGUCCAAGUCGGGCGGCAGCGGCAGUGAGUCGGACCACACCAGCCGCAGCAGCAUGCGGAGGGAGCGAGCGGCCAGCGAGCGCUCGGUGCCGGCCAGCCAGCGCAGCCACCACUCGAUGGCUCACAGCAUCCGCAGCCACCACAGCCAGCAGUCCUAUGGGCCUCCCGGCCUGCCGCCUCUCUACAGCCCUCCCAUGCUGCUGAUGCCUCCGCCGCCUUCCGCCCUGGGACCCCCGGGGGCUCCCCCUGGCCGAGACCUGGCCUCUGUGCCCCCUGAACUGACGGCCAGUAGACAGUCAUUCCGAAUGGCCAUGGGCAACCCCAGUGAGUUCUUUGUGGAUGUAAUGUGAAACGCCGCCCCUCCCUCCGCCUGCCUGCCGCCCCCGUUGGUUUUGUCUCCUAGGAACAGCCCGGCCUGCGGGGGAUUCCUUUUCUUUUCUUUUUUUGGUCUUGGCAAUUAUGAAAAGGGAAAAAAACCCCGAAAAUAAACUGAACUAAAUGUUUUUGAUUCUAAUCCCUGCCUGCAAGAGGGCCCGGCAGCCUCGCCUGAACCACCCCUGGACUUGAUUGCAGAAGCGCGUCCCCCCCCCCCUUGCUUGUGCCAACCCCUCCCCCCAUAACCCCUUCUCUAACCCAUUAAUCCGCAUCUGCCUGGGGACUCUGCUGCUCGCCUGUGUUUUCCCUGCCGGCUCACUUCUCCUGCCCUAAACACAUGCCCUCUUUCUUCUCGCCCCUUUUUUGUGUCCCUCUCUGUCGAGCAGCCAAGAAUUACGGGGUGUUUGACUUCCUCUGAGCUGGCCGCCCGUGCUGGGGAGAGCCGCAGCGUGCUGUGGUGGUUUGGCUCCCCCACAACCGAGGAAGAUGCAGAGCCCUGCAGGCAGGCACUUGGCCAUGUGGGGGCUGAAGAUGGCUUCUUUCCAUCCUGGUGGAAGGUGCCCCACCUUAACCAUAACCCCUGGAAGGGAGCAGGGCUCAGAUCCAGCUGUGCCUUCAGUCUUCCCUCUGAUAAGAUGUAGCCGCUUGGUGGCCAUUGGCAUGAGGUUGAGAGGAGAGCUCCCACCUUGCCAGGCAGGUGAGAGUUCCCCUUGAGAGCUUCUCAGAUGGUGAUAAGAACCAGAAGCCGUCGAGGAGGCUCACACUCUUCCUUGAUUCUUUGCCUCCCAUGUCUUGAUUAGCGCUAAUAGCGAGUGUGCCAACCCCCAGUAUCCAUAGUUCACGUUCCUGAAGGUACUACAGGUACAAGUGCCCCCUUUCUAAUAUGCUUUCUUUCUCUUCCCGAGCACUCAUGGUGAGCCAUCUUCUUGCUGUAUCUCUUCGAUGUCCGGUGGCCUGUUUAGUAGAGCCUUUUUUACUGCCACCUUUUCACACCCAGGUCUCUCUUGUGCCCAUCAGUCCGUUGUCUCUUAAGCCAAUCUGUUUUUAGAUGCUCUCCGUCCCCCUCAGCCUGCUCCACUGUUUCGUUUAAAUGCCGUGCAUCCACACUACAUAACCCUGGCAGCAGUAUCCCUUGGUAUUCCCUCUGCCCACCUCCCCCUCUUCUUUGUCUCCUACCUCUCUUUCAUCCUUCCUUUUCUUUUUAACAAUCCCAAAACUGAAAAAGUGAUGGGGGGGGGAGAGGAAGAGAUGGGGGAUGGGGAGAUAGACAAAUAUCAUCAAAAAGAUAAUUUCAUUAGCACAAAUAGUAUGAAAUAAGUUCUGUGGGAUUCAGGUUUUUAAGCAGAGAUUGGAAGGCCACCUGUCAUGUAUGAUCUAGUUGCGAUUCCUGCAUUGCAGGGGCUUGGACUGGAUGAACUUCCACCUCUACAAUUCUAUGAGGAUUUUAACAAAGCAACUUUUGGGGUCGCCAUGGUUGUGAACAUGGGUGGAUCUGCAAAAUCAGAAGAGUUGCUGCACUAGGCUUAUGUCCCAGGGGCCAGAUGAGUACCCCCGAGUGGACCCCUGCACUAUGAUUCCCAGCAGCAAAAUAAACAGUAAACUUAUGCGGUGCUCCUGUUCACUGUUCCUGUCACUCAGCAUUGUCCUCUGCCAUGACGCUACAGUCCGUUUCCCUGCUCCCCCAAACAUUCAUUCAUCUUUCCUUGGCCAUUGAGAAUACACUGAAAUUUUUAUUGGGUUGUUUUUAGGGUCUCCCCCCAAAAAAGUAUUUUAUGUACUCCAGCAAAUAUCAGAUUGCUGAGCCUCCUCCCCCUUGGAUGCAGAAGUCCAGUAAAUAUUUUAACUGUAUUUUUAACCAUAACUAUUCUCAACCAUAGCUGCUACUAGAGGUGUGCUUAAUUUACCCAAGUGCCAAAUUGUUUUGCUGCAGCGCCAUCACCCAGGCUAAGGAUCAGUGGGGAGUGGCUGUCUGUCCAUAGCUUUUUCCUCUGCUACUUUUUAAAGACUGCUGUGGUGAUCUGUAAUCAUGGACUCUUCCCUUUGAUAGCUGAGGGACACGUAGUAAUUUUACCAAUGAACUAUGACCACCUUUAUUCUGAACGUGCCCAAGGUUAGCUGAAGCCUCACCCUUAACUUAGACCAGCACAUUUUAUGCCAGCUGUCAUGCCACUAUCCAUCCCAAACUGAUGCUGAGCCAUGCUUGGAAAUGAGGCCUAACUUUUCACUGUUGUGUAUCGAAGAGGGGGCUUUAAAAAUGUACUCUCCAAGCUGAGUGCUUGCUUCUGCUGUCCCCACCCUCUGAACGAGCACCAGCACACCAGUGAAAAGCAAAUGAGCAGGGCAUGUGUAGAAAAUAAGGGCUCACUCUUGUCUCCCUUGCCGUCCUUUCCUUAGCAGCUGUUAGGCCUUUCUGGUUUCUUCCCUUUUCUUCUCGGACACAAGUGCAGGAAGGUUUGGGCUUGAAGGCAGGGGGAAAGAGUCCCACAACCAAGCCCAGACCGCUCUGUGGGCACACUGUGUAUUUCUUGGGUGUCUGGGAUAUAAGCAGGGCCUCUGGCUUACCCGCAUUGCUUGCUGCUGUGCUGCAACAUAGACAUGCCAGAAUCGCACAUGGCAGAAUGUCAGUUUCCAAAACAUUCCUAGCCCUCACACUUGCAGAGGGAGCACAGUGGCCAUGUUUGCUAAAUCAUAGAAAAUACAAAUGGUUGAAGAAGGGAUUUAGGAAGUCCAGAGACAUCUUCACCCAGUGUAGCACUGUGUCCUUCCUUGUGGAUUCUGUUUAAUCCCCCUGCCUUUUCUAUACUUGCCCUCUCCACUCCCUGCAUUUCUCAGUGAAUCCUAGCCCAUCCUUCUUAGCCACCCAUGUGCAGAAUUUCUUACAACUGCAGGCAGGGAAGACUUGCAAUAGAGGAGUUAUACUAAACUGCAAAGCACACAUACAGUCAUGCGUGACUUUGCACAAUUUUCACGCAGUUUCCCGUACAGAAGUUCUUGUAGGAAACUCAUCACACAUGAAGCAAUACUUAACUCUGCUUGCUAUGGCAGGGAUUUGUUCAGUGGAGAAUUCCAGAGCCCUUGACCAUCCCACACCGAUGGAAAAAUUUGUACGAUUUAUCACAGCCCACCUUUAGCUAAACUGCUUUUGUGCUCUUGCCAAGGACCUGGUUGGGAGAAGCACCCUCUAUUAGACGGUACAUUCUAGUCCCCUUGCGGCCCAUAACCACCUUUGGCCUUCCUGCCAUGCAACAGUUGUCUUCUGCACCAAAUAUCAACCUUUUUUGGAAUGUCUUGUGGGGUUUGUUGUUUUUAAGAUUGAAGUGUUCCUUCACUCCUGCUUUUCUCUCCAGUCCAGCAUCGGCUCCCUUUUUUGCUAGUCCCCUAUGCCCACCACCGUGAUGCCAGUUCUUCUACACCUUUGCCACUGCUCUGCUCAUUUGGUCUAUUGAACCAUUUGCCCCCUUUCUGCCUACCAUUAGUCUCUCUUUCAGGGCAUUGCCCGUGAUCUCAAGUGUCAAGUUGCCAGUCCUCCCUCUCUCAUCCUCCUGGUGCUAUAUUGCCAUUCCGUCUUCCCUCUUCCUCCUCCUCUAGUCCCUUCCUCACCUGGUACUACGUCGCCAUCUUGCUCUCUUUUCAACUCCUUUCCCCCCACUUUGGUGCUAUUUUCUCUCGUCACACAUAUUGCCCCUUCCCUCACGCACCCUUCGGUUUUAUAUAAAUUGAAACCACCCUACUUGUUUUUAUUUAUAAAAUAGUUUUAUUGGACUCCA